GCCUUCUUUCUUCUUCCCGCCUGGUUUGAAGGGCUUCGCUUUCUAGUUGCCGGCACUUUGUUCCCCCUUUCGGGAUCCCAGCGCCGAGACGGAGAGUGGAAGGGGCGGGAUUUGGCGGCGAGCGCCGCGCACCGACGGAGAGCGCGCGCCGGGUGCGGGGCGUGCCGAGCGAGGUGCGGAGGUUGCUUGGUUGUUCAAUGCAAUGGAACUAGUGGAUGGCUUCCCUCGGCCGGGCUGAGGCGGCGCGGGGAAUCCCUCGGCAGCGCCGUCGGAGGACAAGCAGCCGCUGCCGGCGGGCGGGGAGCGCAGCCGCUUCGCCUCCUCCUCCUCCUCCCCUUUAAGGGGGUGGGGGCCGGGCCGGCCUUCCCUCGGCACCUGUGGGAGGGGGAGCGGGGCGGGGGCAGGGAAAGUUUGUCCCUGUGGUUGGCUGCGCGGCCGGGCUGAGGAGGGGGACGGCGGCGACGGCGGAGACUGAGGCGGGCGGCUCCCUCGCUCCUGCCGGCUCCCAGGGCAAGCCAGCCAGCCAGCCAGCGGGGAACAGGCGGGCGAGGGCUGCUCGCUGCUCUGCCUCGCGCUCGGGUUAUUGCUUUGUGGCCCCACCCCCUGUUGGAGGCUCCACUUUAGCUGAGGGGCUGCUGGCUCGCUGACCGACUUGGGGGGCUCCGGCUGGCUAGCUUUCGGCGCGCUUCUUGCCCGCCCCCAAUUCUGGACGCAGAGGCAUGGGGCACCGAGGGGAGGACGCGCCCCUUCUGCUGCUGCUCCUGUCGCUAUUUGGUGAGUCCUUGGAACCUGGGGAGAGAGAGGGGUGGGUGGGAAAAAGAGGGGUGGGAUGUGCGAGUGGGGGUGGGGGGCGAGAGCAAGAGAGGGAGAUACUAGACGAUGUGAGGGCGAUCUUAGCGCGACUCGGGUGGUGGGGAUCCUGACCUGACCUGGCUUUUGGAUACGCGGCGUUCCUUAUUGGCAUGUAGCUGUGUUGCGGGAUAUGAGCAGUGCCUGGGGUUUUUUGUUUUGGUCUUUGUCUUUUUAAAAAUCAAAUCAUCAAGGGUUGAACUGUAGGGCUGUUUGCUCGAGAGCCAUGUUGUGACCCUUUGAAGCCUGAAAAAUAUACCCGCGCAAGUUGUUAGUGGAGGAAGGCACUCUGCCCAUGCUUGGAGGUCUCUCCCCACCCCCACCCCGACUGUGCAGGACCCAGCUCUCCAGUGAAUAGACCCGGCACACUUUUGGAGUCCCAAGUGAUUUCUCUGAUUGGCGGAGGCAGCCCUACUCCGUGACCGAAAAUGAGACACCGCCGCCCCAGUGCCAUAUUCCUCUUAUGUCCUCAGAAAACAUUAAUGCAGCUUUAAUCUCCACUUUAUAAGCGGGUGUUGAAAGACUGGAAACAGAUCCACUCUUGUAUUCUUCAUCUCUCUGUCAUAGCAGAGGUAACUAAACUCUGUGUCUAAUUCCUUCCUUAAUGUAGCGGGAGGUCUAGCUUUCUGUCUAGUCUUCUCAUGAAUAGGGAAUGGUCACCUUUGGGGGGAUAGGAUGGCUGGCUUUAGCGGCUGCCCUUUAAGGUAGGAGUUCAUUAAAUCAUUGUGAACUUCUCUGUCUAAAGCUUUGGUACUUUUAAUGAUUUGGGGGAAAGGCGUCUUCUUACAUUGUUCAUAUACGGUGCUUAGAUUAUACCUUUCGCAGUUUCCGUCAGUAUAUUUUAUUCACUUCAUUGAUUUUGGAAGCUGCCAUGCCAGUGCGUCCAGCAGUUGAUUUCACUUCCUAGUUCUUGCUAGGACACCUAGUUUAAUGGAAACAUGCUUCUGCUGAAAUUUGCCCACAUAGCUUUGCAGCAUUAAAGAACUAGCAUUAAAGAGUUUUGCAUGCAUUGGGUGUGUGUGUGAGAGUGUGUGUGUGUGUGUGUGUGUGUGUUCUGGUAUUCAGAGGUGUUCUGGUGUUCAGAAGUGCUCUGGUGCUAAUUUUAGUGUUGUUAAUUUGAAUUCUGAAUAUACCAUACUAAUUAAUGCAUGGCACAUCUAUAAUUGCUAAAAGUUUGUAGACUCUCUGGAACAGCUGCCCUGGUGUGUUUUCCGGUGCUAGACUAGGAGUGUUCCAUACUUGGCUUUUGGGCUCUAGUGUUUGGAGCACUUCAGAACAACACAUUUUAAAAUAAGAACCAUGUGUGAGAGAGUGAAAAAACCUAGAAAAUAUAGAAUGUAGAGGGAUUUUUAAAUGAGACUGCUAGUGCAUCACAGCUUAAAGAAAAGAUAUUUCAGAGCUUCUGUAAUUAACCUAUAAGAUACCGGUUAUACAACGCAGUAAAGUUUUAUAGAAAAGCUUCAGUGUUUAACAUGUCAAGGUUUACAAUAAUUUUAUUGGCUUAAGCAGAGGGUAAUGGGAAUGCAGGCCUUGGGGUGCAUAAUCGAAGAACCAUUUCUCUUAAGGAUUAUUUGUUAUCUAAAAUCAUUUCUUCAGUACUUAGAUCUUCAUCAAAUCAGAAGUUCUUGGUAUUUUCAUAUGCAAAAUAUUGGAUUUAUUAUAAUUUGGACACACCAUUUUUCAUGUCUCCAGCCCCCUCCUCUGAGAUGAAAUGAAUGGUUUAAAUAAUUCCUUAACUUAAAAUAUUUAGUGGACCUGGUGUUCCUGUCCGUUUUGUUCAAAGAAGACAGAUCUGCCCUUCAUGGCCUAGGGCUGUGUACAUGUACUAGUUUUGUGGCAGACCUGCUUGUUGACCCAAGUUUGUCCAAAUAAAAUAAAAAGUAAUGGUGUUGGACCCAAUGGUUUGUUGCCUUUUUAGAGAAAAGGGGCCACGUGGAUGCAUAUCUGAGUGCUAAACUUAGUUCCUUGCAGUUUAUUUCCCCCUCCCCAUUUCAUUCCCCCAGCUGGCCUCCAAUAGUGGAAGUGAGAGGGGCUAUGUGAGAAUCACAAGGCGGAGGUGGUAGAGGGAAGAGACUACAGGCAGGUAAAUUGCAGGUAUAGGAAGGUUCAUUCUUCCUUAAUCUGUGUGUCCCUCUUGAUCUAAAGAUAAGACUAGAACUGAUGUGAACAGAUCUGGGUGUCAUCACAUAUAGUGUGAUAAUAAAAAUGCUAGUUCCAACAUUCAGUUGUGCAUGUGGUACUGCCCAGUAGAGACGUAGGUGGCGCUGUGGUCUAAACCACUGAGCCUCUUGGGCUUGCUGAUCAGAAGGUCAGCGGUUCAAAUCCACACGACGGGGUGAGCUCCCAGCUUCUGCCAACCUAGCAGUUUGAAAGCACACCAGUGCAAGUAGAUAAAUAGGUAUCACUGUGGCAGGAAGGUAAACAGCAUUUCCGUGCGCUCUGGUUUCCAUCACAGUGUUCCUUUGCACCAGAAGCGGUUUAGUCAUGCUGGCCAUAUGACCUGGAAAGCUGUCUGUGGACAAACGCCUACUCCCUCGGCCUGAAAGUGAGAUGAGCGCCACAACCCCACGGUCACCUUUGACUGGACUUAAAUGUCCAGGGGUCCUUUGCUCUUUUUUUUUUUUUAACCUUUUCACUGCCCACAAUGCUGAUGGAAGAUCACUUGUUUUAAAGUGCCCUUGUGUUAACGUUGGCUACAGAGAGAAGGCUGUAGACAAAUAUUUUAAAAAUUCUUUCUCUCAUUUUUGCAUGAUUGUACAGUGGUAAUGAGAGGCAGGUUUGUUGGGAGUUUGAUGCUGUCUCCUUCAUAUGAGUGAAUAGGGUACAGGCAACCUGCCAUUUAUGCGCGUUCAAUUAUGUGCACGACCGUGCAUGCAUGCAUUGCACCGAACCUGAAAGUGAUGCAAAAAGUCACCAAAAUGUCACAAAAAGGGGCAGGGCAGGGGUGGAACAGGGUGUUUGUAGGUUUUUCUUGUGGUGUUUCAAAAAUACACAAUUUCACUGAUGCGUGCAGUGCCUUGGAACACGUGUAAAUGGGAGGUUGCCUGUAUCAGAAAAUGUCAAGCAUAUUUAGUUAGGCCUUGUGUCUAUGAAUGUUGAAAUUUAGGGAAAUAAUUUGCUGAUACAUAUAUUUGCAGAGGUUUGGUGUGGCAUGUAUAGGGGACAUGACCAAAGGUCUUUCCUGCUAUCGGGCUAAUUACCUACCGUAGUUAUAUAUUUACCAAACCAAGUAAGUGUACAAGGAAAUGCGUCGCUAUUUCUGCCUUCAACAGAGCGUGCCUUCUAACUAUGGUUUCAUAGGGAAACAGUUGAGGUACAUGUUUUGGGAAGGUGGCUGAACCUGCUGAUGGCAUGUGGCAUUGCAUUCUGAGCAUGAGUGCUUCAGUCUUUAGUUUACCUUUUAACAGCAUGAGAACUCAGGAAAAAAAUUAAAUACCCACAAGUAGGUCUGUUUUUUGCCAAACCACGUGGAAAGCCACCUUGCAAGUUCUUAUGCAAGUUAUGUGUAUUUGAUCUGUAACCUGAGCAAAUGUCAGCCUUUCCAGUCCUAAUUAAGAUAACUGUUCCAUUUAAUUAAAAAACUGCUUCUUUCUUUUGGUGGGAAAGGGCUUGAGGGAAAGCAGGUGACUCAUGUUGUACCACAGCAAGAACAUUCCCAAUCAACAUUCAAAAUCCCCAGGUAAUCAAUAUUUGUCUUCCAUGCCUCAGAAGUUCUUGCAUUGCUUUUUCUGUCUAAUCUCCAGUUCCUGGCUAGCAUUAGGGAUCUUUCAGAGAGCUUCAUUUCAUGUCCAUUGUUUGCAAUGGCUUGCAUUUCCAGCUGUUUGAUUUCUUUGAUGCUACAACAGUUAGUAAUUUGAAUCAAGGUUUAAUUCAAAACCCUGCAGUUAAAGGCUUCCAGUAAUUAGUUGCUUGUCUGCUUGUAAUCAUGAACCUCAUGAAACAGUGUUCUUUGCAAUGCAAUUAUGGUAAAAAGUCAAAGCAAGAGAGAGAGUGUAAAGGGCUUUGCCCAUUAGAUAUGCUAUUUCACUGAUCAAUACUAGAAAUGAGUAUGCAGAGGAAAGAUAUGGGAAAGUCCUGAUGCUUGAAAGGAUUAGAGGGUGAAAUUAAUAUGUGCUGAGUUACCUGUUCUUUUCCAACUGCCAGCAACCUGAUAUUACAUUUUCCUCAUUCCUCUGUGGUAAAGAAUAAUAACAAUUGUGCUCUGUCAUCCAGCACUUUUAAGAGUAGGGUUUGCCCAACUUGGUAUGAAAAGAGAGAUCAGUGUGGCCUUGCUUCACUGAGAUCAACCACUUUUUACAUGCUCUUGCUCUUCUCCUCUGUUCCUAAAUUUCAGAAGAAUUUAAGGCUCAGCAAAAUGAUUGCAUCCAGGUGGAUGGUGCAGAUAUUUUUCACACUAAUUAUCUCCCAUUAUUGACCAUUGCUGUUGUUGGCAUCCAUCUGUCUCAAGAGGGAAUGGAGUAUGCCUCCAGGGGUAGAGUCAAACCACUGGGUUAGCACACCGAUGUGAUCUCCCUGGGGUGCAAGCUUAGGCAGGGUGUAUGGAGGUCCUGGGCUACCCAGACAACAAUACCCCCUUUCUUGGCCACUCUGAUGUGUGGAGAGCAGAGCAACAUGUUUGGCACCAGCUUGGCUUCAGGGAUUGCCAGAAGGAGAUGUACAAGGUGCUGUCCAAUCACCUUAGGGACUCAGCUCGGGAUUUGUGUAGCCUUUUCUUCUCCUGAAAUAUCUCACAAACCAGCAGAGGUUUAGGAUAAGAGUUUUCCUUCUCCUAGAUAGGCUGUCUUCCCAGGUUGAUGAACCCCAUCAGCCCCUCACUUCCCUCUAUAGCACAUGCAGAAACCGCCCUCUUGGCCAUUGCACCCAUUAUUGCUCUUGUCUGCUCAGUCUGCCGGAGCUUGUCUUCACAUGCAGGGGAAGUUUCUAACUCGCAGAGGGUUUGAAACCUAUCAGCUGCCCAUCAGUUAGCCAGCUGAAACCAUUUCCUGGGGUGUGGCCACUGUUGCAUGCUGACAGCUUCUAGGAGCCCCAGCUGAAAGCUGUGCGCAGCGUGGGGACCCAAGGUGAACAAAUUACUUCAGAAGGAGCAUGACAUAUCCCCCACCAGAAGUACUACCCCUCCCCUAACCUCCCAUACGCAGGUGAAAGCCAUACUUCAGAUAAAUUGAUGUAGUCCCUUCUUGCUGCUUGUAACAACUGUCUGAGCAGAAUACACAUGGGAUUUCUGUUUUGAUAUUUAAAAUAUAUAUAUUGAGGCUGCAAAUUAUAGAAUUUAUUUAUGCACAUGAAGCAGAUAAAAUAGUACUAUCUCAUUUGAGCAACAAAUACACUUUUGAAUAUACAGUUCACAAGAUGAGCUUGAAUACUAAGAGUGUAGAGAGAAUUGUUGGCGGCUGACUGCUGUCUAUGGUGCCACUUUUGGAUACUGUUUAUUAUUCUGAAGCAUUCAAGAAAAAAAUGCCUACAAAUUUGUAGAGUGAUUAAAGUGUUUUAGACUCCUUUUUCUGGACUGUGUUGUAGAUGGUUGGACAUGAUGGAGGUUUACAAAAUUGUGUUGGCAAGAUGAUGGAUAGUGUUCUUUGUCUGUUCUGUAAUCUUGGGGUUGCCAGUUGAAGUUGAAUUGAAACACUUACCAAAAGUACUUCCAUGAGUAUUUAACAAAAUACGUUUUCUCCCAUGAGAUGCAGCAAUGGCUACUAGCUUACGUGGCUUUAGAAAAUUAAACACAUUUAUGAAGGAUUGGCCUCUUAAUGGCUGUUAGCCUUGAGAGAGCCAUUACUCUGAGAGGGUGUGUGCUUCUUUGAGUAUUAGAUGCUGGUGCAAGCAAGAGAAGACAAUUAUCUCCAUUCCCUGUCUGUGAGUUUCUGGAGAUAUAUAGCUCUCCAGUAUUGGAGGUAGUGGAAUUUUGGUCUCAAAGGAAUUUUGGUCUCAUCUAGUAAGACAGCUUCUCAUGGAAAAGUAUUUAUUUAUUUAUUUAUUCAUUCAUUCAUUCAUUCAUAAAAUGUACACACUGAUUGAUUGUAAAAAUCAACCACCACCACAUCAAAGUGGUUUGCAAAAAGUACUUGGAACUCCCACAGAGGGGAAAAAAUUCUUAAUUUAGCAGUAUAUAAUUUUCUGUAUUUUCUGUAUCCUUGUUGAUAUCAUCGUUUGUCUUAAACACUAUCUUUGCUGAGCCCUUGUGGGUUCAGUUGAUUAUUGAUUUAAAUUAAAUAAAAUGCCAGUGUGACUCCAUGCUAAUAUCUCCAAGGACACAGUGCCCUUAAUAGUUUCAUAUUGCUAUAGCGAAAGCAGCUGAGGCAGUUUGUUAAAUAAGAAGUUGGGAAAAUGCUAAUGAAUGAGAAAUGAUGGAUAUGGAUGUGGAGAGCAUAUCUCUUCUAAAACUAUGUAUUGGAAUAAAGACUAAUGCAAAACAUAGACAAGUCUAAAGCUAAUACAAUAUUAUUUAGUUUCCCAAAAUUCAUGAAAUAUGAAAUCCAAAGAUAUUAAACAACUUUUAUGUACAUCUGGCAAGUGAAGAACUGUUCAAGAAUGUGUUGCGGAUAUAGGAUGCAAAGUGCUAAUAAUCAAGGAAAGCAGAUACAGGGUAUGUGUGUGUGGGGGGGAGAUAUUUGAUGGAGAAUGUACUAGGUUUAAUUAUAAUCAAUGGAUUUACUUACACUAUUGGUUCACCCAAUACUAAAUUGAAACUGAAUUUUGUCUUCGACCUUCUCACAGUGCCUAUGCUGAAAACAUCUGAAAAUCUAAAGAGGAUCACAUUUCUCUGAUAAUACUUGGCUUGCUGCAUGAAAUUUAGCACCCUUGUGUCUGGGGGGAGAAAUGCCACUCUGUGCAUUGCCAUCAUUGUUGUGAUCUGGGACUUGAACUAGUCUGACCAUGUACUCUCAGUUUUACUCUUCUUGAUGCAUGUUUUAAUAUUCAUUGUGGACUUGUGGUGCAAAAGGAAAUUAACCUGUGCGUUGUCCACCUGAUCUGUGUAUCGGGUUUCUUUUCUUGUGCUUGUUCAUUUGCACAAUCUGCAACAUUAACUGGCCCUGUACUGUUUCAGUAAAGUGGGAUGUUUUAAUAAUGUGUUUCUCCAUGGAAGAAUUUUCAUAAUUUGGAGAAAAAAUGAGGAAUACAAUAUAGGAAGGCAAGAGUAAAACUGCUCAGGUUUCUGGGAUGGCGUAAGAUGGAGGCCACCAAAUCUUGGGUGGGCUUUUUGGCACAAGUUAUUGCAUGAAUAUAGCUGUUCUUAUGUUUUGGCAGCAGAUAAAGGGUAGAUUUCCCAAUACAAAUGAACUUCAGGUUCUGUGAAUCUUGAAGCUCAGGUUUGAUUUACAGUUUACUGCACUGUUAGACACUUUUAUAAAAUGAAAAUGGUAUUGUGAGUGAGUCUAAAGAGAUUGUAUCGUUCUUUAGAGCUGAGAAUGAGGAAAUAAUUGAGAGCUGCUUGUUUGAACAGGGAAUGCUAUCUUGGAGGUGUGAAUCUGCGCUGAAACGCAGUAAAUGGCCAGGAUGGGCUGAUGGUUCUAAUUUUGGGGUUUGCACAGUCAGCUUUCUAGUAGGACUCUGUGAUCACAGCACAGUGCUGAGUUUCCACGAACAGAAAAUUAAUAUUUUUUGAUGGUUUAUCAUAUUUUAAGAAUAAACGUACUGUAAAGGUAGACUUAUCCGAGGCAAAGUAAAUGGGCUGCAAUGGAGUUUGAAAGAUGACAAGCCAUGUUAUUCAGCCACUAUUGACACACUUGACAGGCAUGUGACUCUAAACAUGUCUGACUACUACUUAGUUGGUGUUCAAGGAAUAAGCUCUUGUUGAAGCUGAGUAUUUGUGGGGAUGCUCAAAUGGUGUGGUAGGAGAAACUCAUCCUAUUGCAAUCUUGAUCCUGCUCUACUAGAUGGCAAUUUGCCAGAUACUGGUUAUGAUAGCACACUAACCAGAACAAAGGAGUUAAACUUGGAUUGUUAUUACUGGGUAGAGGAGUGCCCUUGCAAGGUGCUUGGGGCGCAAUGGAUGCAAGUCAGCUUUACAUGGGAGGUGGGGGGAAGAUGCCACCAGAGUCUUUGGCAUUAGUGACUUAGCCUUCAUGAACAGGAGGAACAAUGCCUCUGCUAUCUUUCCUGAAGCAGUUCUAGGGUAAUAUGUGUGUGUGCAAUAGGAUUCUGCUGCUUCCUCUGUCUUCUAAGCCUCCUUUAGGAAACAGGUUCAAGAGGAGGAGUAACUGAUGGAUAUACAAAUGUCUAAAAUGCCACUUAACCCCUUUUACUUCCUGAAGGAUUUGGGGGGAGCAAGUAGCAUGGUCAGGUUUGGGAAAAUAGGCUAGCCUCCUCACUUCUUUUCUCUUUGAGACAAUGGGAGGUGAACAGUGUGAGGAAGAAGCAGAGAAAUGGUAGAGAAGUAUUAUUUGCCUGCCUGUCAAACUUGAGUUUUUGACUAGAUCUUAAUACUGAAGUAUGCUCAUAACUGGGAAUGACAAUUCUGUGCCACGCAAAGAUUUAUUGCUAUGUGACAUUCUUUCCACCCUCUUUCACCCUCUUCUGUUAUUCUCUGCUUAGGCCACCUUUAGAAACUUUGGCUGCUGCAGUGAAGUCCAGUAGUGUAUGUUCUUUGAGAGCCGUGCUUCAAAGGACCAUCUCAAUUAAACACCCUUUUUAUAUAUGUCAGCAGUCCCAACUUCUGACCCUCUAUGUAAGCAUAAACGUAGCGUGAGAGUUGACAGAUCCAGGUGGAACAAUUCCUGUUAUCUCAGUAGUUGGAAUUACUGUUAACUGCGUAUCCAUAAGGACCCAGAUGAACACUCUUCACAUGAAUACUUGCUGCGGAUGGUUGAGACUGCUUGCGUAGAACAAAACUGUCAUAUGAACUGGUCCCAAAGGAGCGACCAUUCUGUCUGAAUUGCCAUCAUAUGAGGCACUAACUUGCAUAUUUAAAAUUGGUCUUGGUACUCUAUUUAUAACAGAAGUGCAAAACCUUUUGUUGUCACUGUCAAGGGCUGCAAUAUGUCAGGGUGUGCAUACCAGCCAGACAUGGGUGUGGCAAAAGCCAGUAGUGGUCAAGCCAAUCUCUUCUCUUCUCUUUUUUAUCUGCCCCCUUUCUGGACUGUAUCAUUCCUAAAAUCAGAGAGAUGAAAGUUCCCCCCCCCCCCCAAAAAAUAUAUUCCAGGUUUUACUUGCACUUAAUAUGCAGUAUGAAGAUAUGUUAGACCAUCUACAAUGUUAGACAAUCUACAGUUUUAGAGAAUAAUUCCUGUAUAUACUGUAGACAUAUACAACACUCAAAUACAAUAUGCAUUUCUGUGCUACCGUCUUAGUGAGAGGAACAUACAGGGCCUUCAUUGCUUGUCAGUUGUUGCUUGCUGCCUUCUUCUGACCUUCAAUCUAGUUUGGGGGUACUAGGAGCAGUAUCCUGUAUCUGCUGUCGUUUUGAUCUGACUCCUCUCUUGUAGCAGUCUGUUUCAUCUCUCCCUUCCUAGAUACCCUCAAAACUAACAGUACAAUACUUUCCUCAGAAGUAAGUCCCACCUGGUUCAGUGAAUGCAUGUGGCAUUGCCUCUUAAGGCAGGUAUGCUUUUGAGGCUGUAAUCCUAUAGUUCAUCUAAACAAAGGUUGUUAUUCCUGAGUAAAUGUGUAUAGGCUUAUGCUGUGCAUUUAAUAAAUAUGCCCAAAUGUACAAUUUUAUGUGCUAAUUGUAUUAGAAGUAGAGCAUUAUUUGUUAAGGCAGUAAAUGGGUUUGACUUUGAUAAGAAAGUAUUGCAUAGAUGGGAAAAAAAAAUUCCUGAAAUUUCCGUUUCCCACCAAAUGAAGGGGAAAAUGAGUUUUCCAUGUCCUUAAAAAUUUCCAGAAACUUUAUGUCUCUGCUUGAAACAUCUAUCAAGCAGCUUCUGUCUCUGGAGGUUGAGUUGGAGAUCAGGGAGGGGCGCCAAGAGGGAGAAGUAACCUGUCUGCAGCAAAGCAAAACUUAUUGAUGCUUCCUACUCUUAUAUCUUGGGACACGGGUGGCACUGUGGGUUAAACCACUUGCUGAUCAGAAGGUUGGCGGUUCGAAUCCCCGCGACGGGGUGAACUCCCGUUGCUUGGUCCCUGCUCCUGCCAACCCAGCAGUUCGAAAGCAUGCCAAAAAGUGCAAGUAGAUAAAUAGGUACCGCUCCGGCGGGAAGGUAAACCGCAUUUCCGUGUGCUGCUCUGGUUCACCAGAAGAGGCUUAGUCAUGCUGGCCACAUGACCUGGAAGCUGUCUGCAGAGAAACGCUGGCUCCCUUAGCCUAUAGAGUGAGAUGAGCGCCUCAACCCCAGAGUCAGUCACGACUGGACCUAAUGGUCAGGGGUCCCUUUACCUUUACCUUACUCUUAUAUCUGCUCUUGCUAGAGUCCUGGGAGAAUGAGAGAGGUGGCCCUGCUUGCUGUAACUAAUGUUCUGGGUUGGGAAUGCAAAGCAGAAGGGGGUCUAUGUGGUGAAGGGGAAGACAAGAACCCCAAAAUGGUGCAAAACACAGAAUUAACCACAAAACUAUACCUGCAAGCUUACAGUCUAAAUGGAAACAGGAAGAAGGGGGUAGGGAAAGCUAAUGGAGGAAGAAAAGAACUAUUUUUUUAAACAUUUAAACUAUUAAGAGUGUCAACAAGUAGAUAGUGCUGAGUUUCUGGAGUCUUAUUUUGAAUUUACAACCUCUGUUUCAAAAUCUGAAUUGCAUUCAAAUUUCAAGUCUUGAGUCUGUCUAGAGUGCCUAAAACCAUUUUUUCCUCAAAUGCAACUUGAAAGGCGAUAUUACAGUUUGUAUCCAUGUAACAGUUAGAGGAAAGCUGGUAUUCCAGUAAUCUGACUUAAUGGUAGAUUGCAGCAAGUGUUGACAAAUGUUGUGUGCUCUCACUUCAGUUUUGCUCAUGAUAGCUUGCUUUGUAAACUUCUGUAAUGGCAGGGACGGGAUGGGGCAAGUGCAGGCAUAUCUCACUUGGAUACAGCAAAGUAUUAUGCACAGUGGAUGCUUAAGCAUUUGGCUGGCAUAAGGCCCAUUAAGCUCAGUGAGGUGUGAGCUGGCAGAGCUGCUUCAGAUAGCACUCUAAGGGCAAAAUGGGGAGAGAGCAUCAGAGGGAUACUGCUGUUGUGCGUGUGUCAAGGACAUUGCACUUUUGGUACAUGGUUCUAAAGCAGUUCAGCCAAGAAACAAAAUUGAUGUGUUUUUCUCCCCUUGUACAGUCGUACCUUGGUUAUCGAACGGCUUAGUUGCCGAACAAAUCGGCUUCCGGACGUCGCAAACCUGGAAGUAAGUGUUCCGGUUUGUGAACGUUUUUCAGAAGCUGAACUUCCGACACGGCUUCCACUUAAGUGCAGGAAGUUCUUGCAGCCAAUCGGAAGCUGUGCCUUGGUUCUCGAACGGUUUUAGGAGUUGAACGGACUCCCGGAAGGGAUUAAGCUCAAGAACCAAGGUACCACUGUAUUAUGGAAGAAGGGGUGUUUACAAAGAUCCAUUGUCUCCCCCAUAUUUCCUCCAACACCAUUAGAAUAUUCAAAGAGCUAAGAGGGGCAGGAUUACUACACACCUUUUUAUCUCAAGCCAGGCCCAGGUGGCAGAUGUAGUACUAUUUCCCAGAUAACGUCAGUUGCUUACUAAGUAAAUAACACUAUUUGAGUGGGAGGGAAUAGGAAGGGGAAAGGAAGAAAAUGGGUAGCUCUCAGCUAAUUUUUUUUUCCUUUUUAGGAAGUGGAAUAUAUCAGGAAAGGCAGGAAAUUCUGCUUCUUGGUAAUAACCAAAUGCACAGAUGGGUAUAUGUAACUUCUUGCUACCCCAGGUCCUGGAAAGGCAACCUUCCUCUCUCUCUGUAUUUUGCCAAUACAUUUAUUCAGCUAACCAACAUCACAAAAUGGGGUACAAGCUUUUGCGUUCUCCAGAACUCUGCAUAAGGCCAGAUGGUUAAUGGUCCAAGGGGAAGAGAAAAAUUGGCUGGUGUCCAAGUUAUCUGAGGCUUGUAAACGUCUUAAAGCGGAGUGUGGGAGGAGGUAGCAGACAUUCAAAUGAGGCUCUUUAGGUGCUGUGCGGGUUUCACCAAGGGCUUCUGGGAAGGACACAUAAUGGCAGAUUCCCCAUCUCUAAAUCCUGCAUUGCGAUGGUUAACUUUGCUUGGCAUACCAGCAGUAACAACUAUGGCUGGAGUCAAAACAGCUACUUCAGCUCUGGCAAGGAGUUUGGGCUAGUUUAAUGGGAUUUUUGGCUUGAAACAGCUGACCUCAAUUCUAACUGCAAGCUGCUUUUGAACCCCCUCUCAGUUUUGAAAGCAAUUUGCCAUGCAUCAUCAGGUGGUUGCAGAGGUUGUGGUUAGGCCACGACUCCAAAGAACCAUGCGGGUGAUCGGAGGGAAUUACAGAAUGCUAACUCUGGUGUUGCGUUAUAUGGGAUCUUUUGUUUCAUUUGGCUGAUGGUGCAGUUUUGCUUCAGAAAACGGUUAUGUGAAUUAAAUAUAUGGUUGAGUAAAUAAAGGGUGGCUUACUGUAGGCAUACAGCUCCUCUGUGUCUAUAUAUAGUACUCUUAGAAAGGACUCUCGUUUUUUAAGCUUCAGAAAGAAAGAAGUCUGUCAUGGCUUUCAGUGGGAGCUCAUGAUAAACAAUUGCAUUUCCUGACUAUGAUUUGACUUGCAGUUUGAACUCUGUCUGCCAUUAUUAACUGGAGCGCUUCCCUAGAUGGUCUUGGCAGAACUGUGAAACAAGUGGCUUUUAUCAGUUCGUUCUGAGUUUUAAAAGGGGGAGUGGGUUCCAGGGAAUCGCAACUGACAGAAGCAGCAAAGGUGUGAUGCUAAUUUUAAAUUGUGUGCUGGCUUCCCAUAACACACAUUUUCUAAUGCAGUUGGGUUCGAGUGAUUAGGAACACUUAGAUGACUCCUGGUCUGUGUCAUAUUUUCUUCCUUCAGUUGAAGUGUAAGCAGUGUUGAGUGUGGGGAUCUUGAGUAGAGAAGAGGUGGGGCAGAGGAGGUGAACACCCUCUCCAUUGUUGGUCUGCUCCAAAUCGAUCUCUUCCAUACAGCUUUAACUCCAUGGAAUUCAAAAUCACCUUUGAAACGUGGGGUUAAAACUAUGUGUGGCAUUAUGGGGGUGGACUUGGAGCAGAUAAAGGGAAACGGUUAAGGAUCUCCAUUGCCACUCAAAAUCCCAAUCUUCAAGGUUGCCUUUCUUUUUUAUAACGUUUGCCCUUAAUGUUUACUUUAGCCCAUUGGUCAGAGAAAACAGGAUGCUCAAUUCACCCCUUCCCCAAUUUGCUUUUCUUUAAGAAAAGCACAGAAAGAAAAGCAAGUACCAGGGCUUUGCUGUGCAUAUUUGCUCAUAACAUGUUUCCCCAAAUCAUUUGGAAAACAGUGAUUUUGCAUUUUUGAUUGGAAAUUGUGUUACUGUUGGAGUGGGGGUUGGCAAUUAAUCAUUGGUACUAAGGUAGCUUCUGUUGGCAUGGUCCUGUAUAAAUUCAGUGCCUUUAUUUCUCACACGGAUGAAGUUUGCAUUCAAAAUGUUGCAGCUUCUUCCAACAAAGGAUGGCCCUUCCUUACGACAGCACAGCAGAUCUCCCUGCAGCUGCAUAAUGAGAAUGAUACACACCUGGCAACUCUAUAUGGAAGCACAGGCUAUAUGGGGUGUAGUACAGAGGCUUUUGUUUGCAGGGUCAGGCCUAUAGCUGCUUUCUUGCUCUUAGCUUAGAAGCACUGCUGUUUAGCUCAAGAUGACUAGGUGUGUUCACACUGUAUAACUGCCAAAUGGAGGGGGGGGGAAUUAUGCACCCCCUGUGUAAAUAAAUCUGCUGAUUUCUAUUAGCAUUUUAAUGUUCUUGUUUUGCUCUUCUGCUUUAUUCUUUGUUCAUUUUGUUCACUUUUGAUGCAGUUUAACGAGCACUGUAGCACCUCCUGGAAGAGAUGGGAAAAUGAAUUAAGCCUGCAGUUUAGUGCUAAUCUCUUGAUUUGAGUUCUGUUGUUCCACCUAGACAUGUAAAUGCACUAAGAUUUUCUUAGUGGAAAGUAGCAUGGUGGGCUCAACUUGAGAGAUGAGCUGUAAAUGGACCCGGCUGUUGAGAAGUGCAGGCCAUCUGUUCUCUGUGAAAUAAAACUUGCGUAAAGUUUCAGAGAUCAGGCACUUGAGGACUGAGUCAGAAGAAAGUAGUCCCUGUUCACAAAGUGUUUGAAAUAUUGCUUUGCUUGUAUUGUGAUAAUGGUCUUAUUUAUUAGUUUUGGGGACAUUUAUUAGCAUAAAUGGAAGAGUAGCGAUUUUCUGAGAACUGUAAUUUAGGGUUGGCAUGUGUUACUAUAGUUUGCUUAGUAGAGUCUCUUAAGUAAAAGAAGUUUAAUUUGAUCUCAUCCCUCUGUUCCAUUUUGUCGAAGACUUAUUUGAAUAGACUGCUUUAUUUAAAUGGAUUGUAACACAAUCUUACAAAUGUCUACUCAGAGGUAGGCCUCGCUGAGUUGAAUGGGGCUUAUUCACAGGUGAAUAUAAUGAAUGUAUCUCCUUGCAUGUUUACACGUGUAUGCCUGAACCCAUCUUUUACGUGCGUGUUCACGGAAGCACUGUAUUACUUUGGGGGAUAAUAAUGUAUUUAUACCCUGCCCAUCUGGCUGGGUUUCCCAGCCACUCUGGGCAUCUCCCAAGAGAAUAUUAAAAACACGAUAAAACAUCAAACAUUAAAAACUUCCCUAUACAGGGUUGCCUUCAGAUGUCUUCUAAAAGUCAGAUAGUUGUUUAUUUCCUUGACAUCUGAUGGGAGGGUGUUCCACAGAGUGGACCAUCUGCCUGGAUGUUACUUGGAGGUGAUUAUGUACCGCAUACAGUAAUAGAAAAGGACUCAAUUACUUUUAAAAUACUAACAUUGUUUUGCUGGCUUGGUGGGAAUUAGCAAAUGCCAACAAAUGCCAAUACAAACAUAUAUAGAAUAUAUAUUUACCCAAAAUGGUGGACGGUUAAUAAAAUGGCUUUGUGGCUUGAAGUGUCAGUUCAGGGGGGCGGGGGGAAUAGCAAGAUGGUCCAUUUCUACAAAUUGCACAGGCAACCCAAACCCAUUUAGCCUUGCCCAUAAGCUUGAAUGGUUUCUAUCACAGAGACUGAGAGAGGUGGGGAUAUUGUCUUAUAUGAAAUGAGGUAAGCACUAGAAAGCCAAGCAAAUUGCAGCGGAAGAUACCUAAGUGCGCCAGGAAGAAAAAUCUUGAAUACAAAUGACUGCAGUUUGGGCUGGCAUGAGGUUUCAGAGACAGCAAGAUUAGGGCAAUGAGAAAGAGAUAGAAAGGAGAUACUAAUAAUUGCUUGUCCUGAUGAAGGGAAGCUGGUACCUUGUCAUCCUCAUCAGACGAUGUCAUCACACUCAUCACUGCAAACAGAUUUCUUGUAGUCUGCAUGUGACAUUAUGUCUAGAUAACUAUCCCAGAAAUUCUGACUAUAGCCUGUUGUGAGUAGCUUAUAAAUUCUAGCUUAAAUAUUUGAUAGGUCUUGUGGCAAGGAUGACCUUUUAAAUUCUUUAUUCAUAAGAAUUAAAAAUCCUUUCUGGGUGCUUUCACAACUUGAGCAUAAUGCAAAGCUAAACCUGAUUAGUUUUGUAAUAUUGGGAAGUUCCACAAGAUCAGUAUCUUACUGGGAAGAUCACUACCACCCGAACUCAGUGCUUAUGUGCAUUCUUUCUUAAACAUAUUUAUGCAGUUUUUGUUCUGGAAUGCAUUCAGGCCUGAUUGAGUGCUGAUUCUGCCCCCCCCCCCCCAAGUUGGAGUUAAUUAUCAUUGAUGUGACUAUGUUUUAAGGUUUAUUUGUUAUCUGCCUUGAGUUCCCGUUGACGAAAAAUUUAUAGGACAUAAAUUUUAAAAAUGAAUAAUGCUAUCAAUAGAUGUAGCUUCAGAGCUUAAAAUAUAGACCCUUAGACCCUGAAAAAAGGUCUUUAAAUUUGUGCAAGCACAAGUUCAAGACUCUGCAUAAGAGAAUGAAGGAAGGUUCUUGCCAUAAAUCAGCCUUGGAGAUUAGAAAACCCAGGGAGAGCUCUGACUGACAGCAUCCCUGACCAUUGACCAUGCAGGCUGGGGCUGGUGGGAGCUGGAAUCCAGUAACGUUAAGAGAGUCCUGUGAUGACUGCCCCUGAACUAGAAUAUUGCUACCUUUAACAAGGAGAUAUAUCAAAUGCAGAAUAAAUGCUUGCAGAAUUAGCAGCAAAUAUCCAGCAAGCAAAAAGAUGGAAGAGAUGAGGAACCUGUGGCCCUCCAGAGGUUCUUGGGCUCCAACGUUGCUCAGCCUCUGCCAACAUGGUUAAUGGUCAGAGAUGAUGGGAGUUAUAGUCUAGCAACCUCUGAUGGGCACCACGUUGGCUACUGUUGUUCUAGUUCAUUUCUCUGCCUCCAGCUAGAGCAGGAACCUGUGCCAACAUAAGCAAGGUUCUCCUUGUUAAUGUGGCAGUAAAGAACAGGGAACAAUAAGGAUGCCAUAUUGGUUGGGUGAAGAGACCUGUUGCUGGCUUACAGAUGUGAUUGAAGAACACAAGGCACAAACUUCAUAAGGCGUAUAUUUUGUGCUGGUCACCUGGGCACAGUAGUUGGAAGAAGCACUGAAUUCUGACUUCAUGGUAUUUCUUUUGCUUUUAUGACAGCUCUUAUUGAACACUCUCUUUCCAUGACAUCUAAGGAAACUAGGGAGGCAAACUGCUGCUUCUUCUACUCAGUGGAUUGUUUUCCCCAGAGUAACUUUUUGCUGGCUUUUUAUGAAGUGCCUUGCAAUGAGCCAAUUCAGGGAGUCUGUUUCAGGUCCUUCAGCACCAAGUGGCACUUUUAAAGCACAUUUAUCUCUAGAUGUUGAGAGCAAGCUUGCUGUCCUUGGCAAGAAAGAAUCAUACACGUGGGAUGAUUAGAGAAGGGCUCGUCUCUUACUAUUUUGCAUGUUCGGUUUUGCAAACCAAAGAAGGAGCUAAACAUAGUUAACAAUAGUUAUUGGGAAAGCACACUUUUCUAGAAGGGAACUAGGGAGGCAAACUACUACUGAUUCUACACAGUGGAUUCCCCCCCACCCAAGUAACUUUUUGCUGGCCCUGCAAUGAGCCAAUUUGCUAUUAGGUCACAGGGAGUCUGUUUCAGGUCCUUCAUCACCAAGUGGCACUUUUAAAGCACAUUUAUCUCUAGAUGUUGAGAGCAAGCUUGUUACCCUUGGCAAGGAAGAAUCAUACACGUGACAUGAUUAGAGAAGAGCUCUUCUUUCUCUUACUAGUUUUGCAUGAUCAGUUUUGGAAACCAAAGGAGGAGCUAAACAUAGUUACAAGUUAUUGGAAGAGCACACUAAUUCUAGAUAUUCUGGUAAAUGUUCAUGCAUAUUAGCCAGUGAUAUAGCAUCUGCAGUCCCAUCAACUCACCAUAGUAUAUUUUAGGGGUAUGUAGGGGGGCAUGGGGACGCGGGUGGCGCUGUGGUCUAAACCACAGAGCCUAGGGCUUGCCGAUCAGAAGGUCGGCGGUUCGAAUCCCCACGACGGGAUGAGCUCCCGUUGCUCGGUCCCUGCUCCUGCCAACCUAGCAGUUCGAAAGCACAUCAAAGUGCAAGGAGAUAAAUAGAUACCACUCCAGCAGGAAGGUAAACGGCGUUUCCGUGUGCUGCUCUGGUUCGCCAGAAGCGGCUUAGUCAUGCUGGCCACAUGACCCGGAAGCUGUACACCGGCUCCCUCGGCCAGUAAAGUGAGAUGAGUGCCGCAACCCCAGAGUCGUCCGUGACUGGACCUAAUGGUCAGGGUUCCCUUUACCUUUACUAGGGGGAUAUGAGGGGAAAGUCGCAUUUGUGCAAGUGGGAUGCCACAAUCAAACAUCACCCAUUAUGUAUUCAAGCCAUGCAACAGUCUAGUAAAGUCCCCUGGUAAUUAUCUCCAUAUUGCAAGGAUGGAUGCUGAGAAAAGCACACUCUUCACAAGGGCUUUGAACAUGUUUGAAUAACCAAAACUUAUCCUGGUGGUGGAACAUGAUUAGGGAUGGGUAGAGUGGGGAAUCUGUUUUUCUUAAUUGAAGUUGUACUUGGAUUAGCAGAAUCUAGCACUAUUAGCAUCUGAUCACAUUUCUGAGGCUUUGCUUAAGAUGCAAUAUGCUUUAUUUCAGCCUGAUGGAGAUAAUAGGUUUUAAGCAAUUAUACCCAGGCUAAUUCCUUUGAUAAGCACUUUGCAUUAUCCAUUAAAAGAAAAGUCAGUCGACAAGGGACGAGCAAUGCAUGCGUAUCUCAGAUGGCUUCUCUUGUUCACCUUUCCCAAAUACCAUGGGAUAGUAAUUCUUUAGAUCUUCUGGGACAUAAAAUCCUGCUUGAAGACUGCAGCAAAACUGUAUUGUAUGCAAGUGACGUUUGGAGCAUGGCAUUUAACCACUUCUAGGCUGAUUAUAGUUUAGCCAUAAAGAUUCCAGUUUGGGCCCUUCUAACGGAGCUUGUACUGCUUUUGCUGCACAGCGCCUAGUAAGAUGGCAGAUUUCUGUGCUGGACAAGGCAAUCUGAACGCCAUUGCAAGGAAAGAGUAUGACCGUUUUUAAGGAUAGACACUGUGCCACAUGCUGUAAUGGUCUGCCAAAAAGAAGGGGUUAAAAAUCUAAAGUGGGAGGAAUCUGUGGGGUUAGGGCAAGGCAUACUUCCUUAAAGUAGGUUUAUGCAAUUGUAUUUCAAAUAGCUAGUAGAAUUUUGACUCUCUGAAAUUCUGUUCUGACUUCCAACCAUUCUACAUGCUUUUGUCCGACUGCAAGCACAGUAUAUUGUAAAGGUUGUUAUUGGAUAGAUUCUCUUCAUAAAUGGUACCGUAGGGAUAACCCCACUAUAUUCAGCAGUUUUGUAACUCUAAAUAGUAGUGUUCAUAAGCUUUUUCUUCUUCUUUCAUUUGUGGGGAAGGUUGGUGGGAAAUAAUUGCUGAGGUUAGUUCUUAACAAGUUUAGAAACAGGAUUGCAAUGCCACAGAAGAGCUGAUGAAUUACAUUUGAGUUUAUCACAUCGCUUUGCAUGUGCUUUUGACACACCGGGGUCCACUGUUUCCUCCAUGUGCACAUGUUAGCACUAUGCGUACAAGUGCACAUCUAAAUUGUGUGUUUUUGGAUAUUUGUGGCAGUGCAAUUUUUGAUCGCAACUUACUGAAGAAGGAGCCACCUGCUCUGGUGUUAUUAAAAAAUGCGUUGUGACAGAUAACAAAACAAGUAGUCUAAAUAAUCAUCUAGGAAUAUGGUACCAUGCACAGAAGUACACAGAAAACUGUGCAUUGUGACAUAUCAGAAGGACAUGGAAAGCAAAUCUCUGGGGAGUAUCUAAAUGAAGUGCUGGGAACGGUUAGUGGGGUGAAGUUGAAAAUUACUGAGAAAAGUAAUUUAAGACUGCUAUCCUAUACUUAUGUGGGAGUAGGGUCAAACGAAACUUGCAUCUGAAUAAACAUAUAUAGGAUCCUACUGAAGGUAUUUUUCAUUUGGCCCCGAAGAAGCCAGUUGUAGCCACAGCGCCUUUCAUAUAGAAUCAUAGAAUCUCAGAGUUGGAAAGGAUCCAAGGGUUAUCUAGUCCAACUUUCAAUGCAGGAAUCUCAGCUAAAGCACCCACGGCAGAUGGCCAUCCAACCUCUGUUUAAAAACCUCCAAGGAAGGAGAGUCUACCACCUCUCGUGGAAGUCUGUUCCACUGCCGAACAGCUCUUACUGUCAGAAAGUUUUUUCCGAAUUUAUUUUCACCAUGAUGGAAGAGCAUAAGACAUUGGCUUUUAUCAUAUUUGCAAAUGACCUAAAGGAUAGAUAGCAUGGCUAAAAAAUUAUGAGCACAAGAAAGCAAUGUACUCUAGAUAAUUGGUACAGAGGAGGCUAUUAUGAAAACAUGCUAUAACAAAAUGAAAUGGAGGGUUGUAAUUUAAAUACUAAAUGCAUUGUGUUCAGAUUCUUGGUUAGUAGCCAUCGUUGUAUCUUGGAAGCAGUGGGUGGCCAGGUGAGUGCAUGCAUUUUAAGGUGUAUACAGAUGUAUAUAACUUUAGCAGUGAGCCUGCUUUGGAACGAUACUUGAUGCAUCUUGCUCAUAUAUGCACCCUUCCCCCCAACCCCCACAAUGCAGACUGUUCUUGCUUUCAGCAGGAGCAGGAUUUGCAAAGCACUGAUUAGCCAACCCUUGGCAUCAGUCAUGGAGAUGCCUCAAAGCAGUUUUUAAUAAGAGUUGGGCUGAGUAUUUGGCCUAGACUCUUUCAGAAAGUGUGUGUGUGUGUGUGUCUGAAUGCCACUGCUGAAUACUGGCAUUAUUGGGAGGUAGUUAGCCCAUGGGGGCAACCAUCAUUUCCCCCCAACAAUGCCCCUUUGAUAUAACAUUGUUCCUAAUCAGACAUUCUUGAGGAUAGAAUGCAGCUGUUGAUUGCAUUUCUGCCACUGCCACUGCUUUUCAUAAAAGGAGGGUGAACUUGAGGAGCUCCUGCAUCACCUUGUAUCAUUAUAGUCAACCUCGCUCCCCCCCAUACAGAAUUUGCCUCCCAUGUCACACAAGCGGCAGAAAACAUCUCUCCCCUUUACAGGCCCUGGGUUUAAAAAAAAGGUUAAAAGGGGGCUUAAGAAAACCCCAAAGCCCUGCUGAAUGAACGCUUGAGCAGAUGAACCUACGAUGCAUUUGGGGGGAAACCACAAAAGUGGAUAGUCCACUUGGCUCAGUGACGGGGGAGGUAGAUAGGAUAGGUAGAAGGCAGUAUAUGUGUGCUUUUGAGGGAAUACAAUUGAGGGGAACAGAGCUCACUCAGCAACAGAAAAAUGAACACCCCAUAACCUGUAUGGAGAUUUUUAUGCAAACCUUAGAAUGUGCUGCUGCUUUAAAAUAUCCAGAGUUGGGAAGGAUAAAAAUCACUAAUGCAGGGGAAGGCAAUAUGUGUGGCCCUCAGGCUUAUUAAGUGGGUCAUGGCAGGGGGGGAAUCACUUCGUAUUUUAUUUUUCAUGUUAUAGUAUAAUAUGCUUUUAAAACAAACUGGAUGCUUAUUUAUAAAAUUGUGUUUGUGCCAGUGUAUGUACCACUAUCACUUUAAUUGAACCCUUAUUCUGAAGAAGUAGCUUUUAUAAUUAACGUGUGUGCUUUACGUAUUGGGGCAUUGGUAUUCAGGUUCAACAAAUUUUGCAAUAAUGGUUCACAUUUUGUUCCGGGGUGUUUUUUUUUAAAGUGGGGGGCAUCGGUGACAGGAGGGAAAAGGAAGCAGGGGCGGGGAUGUUGUCUUUGACUUAGUCAGAGUCUGCAACAUAGUAUAUUGGCUGUGUAAUAUACCUGAAGUUGUUUUGUUAGUACUGUGGAUAAAUCUGAGUUAAAUCAGACAGAACCCUGAAGGUUUGAAUCAUUUAUAGACAGCAGCUAAUUCCUUUUCUUAUGCCAGAUUCAAUUUUCUUAAAACCCUUCAGAAAAUUCUUAUAAGCAGUGUUCUUUUCCUCCUCUGUUCCUUUUGAAGGCAGAACAACCUUUUGCUUCCCCCUUCUCACCAAGUGCUUCAAGAUUCAGUGCUUUAGUUGACAUAGAAGAGAGCCUCACUGACCUUUGCAAGGAUGGUAGGUUGAACAGAACCUGCUAAUCCUAGUAUAAAUAUGCAGGCCUUGUUAGAAAUAAUUCCUUUGAUGUCUCCAUUUUGGAAUGUUGCUGUUUUGGGGAUGAGCAACUACAAUCUGCAGCCCAAAGAAAAAUGAAACUUCCUGUUUGUUAGAAAUGUGAGCAUCUUCUGUGAGAACCACGGAACACUAUGUUUUUCUGUAAUAACUUGAUUGUUUUUUUUAAAAAACUAUUGUCAACCCCAGAAUAUUUGGAUUGUGCCUGGUUAUCUGGUUGUGGUAGGGUGUGUGUGUAUUUGUGUGUGUGAAUCUUUCUCCUUAGCCUCAACAUUGAACAUCUCUGCACUAAAUGUUGAUUUGGUGGAAGCUGUCGGCAAGCAGCUAGAUUCUUUACUAGUGAGAACACACUUGACUGAACAGGUUUUAUGAGGACAGUGUCAGCUAAAGGAUGGCUGAUAGGUAAAAUCUGGACUUUCCUGUCAGCUUCCCUAUAGUUGUUUUAAUGCUAUAGUUUAAUGCUAUAGUUGUCUGAGAUGCUUGUGUGGCUCAAAUUGGAGACUAAAAUUAUUGAUGUGUGGUACUCAGCAAAUCCUCCAAAACCCUGUAUCUCCUCCCCUGCCUUAUUUGUACCCCUUCUACUUUUUUCAAAGUUAAAAUGUUCCCCUUUUAGCAGUUUGUAUCAUUAGAUUUCUAUUUAAUCACAUGCAAAGUACUUGGGAUUAUUACAUCACCAAGGUUAAAAAUGUUAUGACAUAUGAACUGUGAAGUUAUCUCUGGUUCCCACAGCAUUAACCCUGCUGUAUUAUGCAGAUGUACAGUAGAAAUAAAUGUCCUUGCAAAAUGUAUUUCUGUGUCUGGCUAGAUAUGCCCUGAGGAAAGUGCAUUACAAGAAAUGCUGUGGUGAAGAUGAUGUAAUAAUCUGUUUUAUUGGUUGGCUGGGCUGUUACAGAAAACUCUCAUGGGUUGCGUGCCUGCUUUUAAUAUUGGCUAAUGUUCCUGAUGGCCUGCAGAAUGGGAUCCUGAUCAUAUGUGACUUGAAUCGUAGUUGUCAGAGGUAACACUGGAAUAAUCAGUUCAGUGAAACAGAGGCCAUUAUCGACAGGAAUGGAUUGUGCAGCAUAUGCUUCAUAGAAUGGAGAGAAAUAAUUAUUGUCACUGUCAAAUAAUUAUUGGCAGCAAGGGGCCAUAGCUCACUGGUAAAAACAUAUGCUUUAAUAAUAACACGAGAUGAACUCUGCUGGACCAGACAAAAGUCCUAUCUAGUUCAGCAGUAUGUUCCCACAUUGGCCAACCAGAUGCUUAAGGGAAACCCACAAGCAGCGCAUGAAUACAAUAGACCCCUACCACUCAUUUCUCAUAGCAACUGGCUUCCAGGAGCAUGCUGCCUCUGAUACUGGAGAUGAUAUACAGCCAUCAUAACUACAGUCCAUUGAUGGUCUUGUUGCCCAUGAAUCUGUCUCCUCCCCUUUUAAAGCCAUCCACGUUGCUCACCAUUGCUACAUCUUGUGGAAGCAAAUCCCAUAAUUCUAACUGUGUACUUUGUGAAGUAUUUGUUUGGUCUGUCCUGAAUCUCCCACCGUUCAGUUUCACUGGAUGGCACCACACCAUUCGUAAUUUUAUAUAGAGACCCUUUCUAUGUAGAAGCUCCCAAGUUCAGUCUCUUGCAUUUCAAUCUAUAAGGAUACCGGGUAAAAGAAAGAACCUUGGUUCAGGGCCAGGGUGCAGCAGUCUGAUGUGAGCUGGGUGCUGGGAACCAGCAGUCGUGGGAAGGAAACAGGAGUCUGGGCUGAAGAGCAAAUCAGGGCCGAAGGGAACAAUGAAAAUAUAUAGAAACAUGCCAGAGCUUAGGAAGACCUUGGUGACUGAGCAGGGCUUAACUCAUGGAUAGGGAACCUGCUGUUCUCAGUUGUUCUUAGACUCCAUGACCAAUGGCCAGGGAUGUGGUCCAUAGACAUCUGGAGGGCCAUCCCAUCUCUGGCCCAGGAAGUUCUCUUAGGGCAGGCAUCCCCAACCUUCAGCCCUCCAGAUGUUUUGGACUACAAUUCCCAUCAUCCCUGAGCACUGGUCUUGUUAGCUAGGGAUCAUGGGAGUUGUAGGCCAAAACAUCUGGAGGGCCGCAGGUUGGGGAUGCCUUAGAGUCAGGGCCAGCCAAAUACAUUUUCUCACCUGAGGCAAAUAAGGAAAUGGCAGACUCCUGGGAAUUGUAGGUUGUUUUCUUAAGAAUACAGGAAGUGGGACUGAACAGGGUGGGCGUGACCUCCCGUGGGGACCUCUUUCUCUCCCCCAUUCUUUCAUCUCUCCCUGCCCAACCUGGCCCAUCUUGGGGAUAAUGGGAAAGGAGUGAGGGGGAGAGAAGUGGGGCAGUAGCAGUAGUGGCAGCUCCUAAGGUCUGGCCCAAAAUGGCCUGCUGCAGUUGUCUGAGAGGGAGGGGUGGGUAGGACAAGGCGAGAGAAUGAACGGGUUCUGGAAAGGGCUGCUGGUUGGUGACAAGGCUACAAGACGGCUAGAGUUGCUGACAGCUGCCGCUUGGCAUGGCAGCAUGUUGGGGGAAAACGAAAGACCACUGUCCGCUGCUGAGCUUGCUGUGAGACUGAGCUGGCAGGGCAGGGAGAGGUAACUGCACAGUCAGAUCUACUGUUGGAGGAGCGGGCCAGAACCACGGCUGCUCAGUGGAAGUGCUGAGGAGUCAGGAGCCGGUUUAGGCUCCUGCCUCUCGCUAACUGCCACCAAUAAAACAGCCAAAGGAGCCACACACUCAAAGAAAGCACAGACACGGAAACUACACACUCAAGGAGAGGGGGGGAUGGCAAAAGGGAAAGAAAAGGAAACAGGAGGCAGUGAAUAAAGGACUCAUGUGCUCACCACAAUAUUGUGAAGUAAUCAGGGAGAGUAAAGUUAAUUCGGUCCACUCCAGGUGGUGACAGUAGUUGCUAUCUUGUCCAUUCAUGUGCUGCCAUGGGCCUUCCCAGACCCACCCUGCCUUCCUUGAAGGCUGCUGAAAUGCUUCCUCAGCUGCCAGCUUGCUUUCCUGGGUGAAGAAAGCUGAUGUAAUACUGGCUUCCACACCUUUAUCCUACGGCUUUCCCUAGCCCUAAUUGUCUAGGGAAACUCUGUCUAUGUUUAAGGCUGUUGUGGUAUUGAGAAUUGCUGUUGAGCUGUUGCAGCAUUUUGGGGUGCUACUCUGACAGUCCUGCAAGAAACCAAGCACACACAUGACAGUGUGGGAUUAGACAUCCUUAAAGUGAUUUUGUUUGGAGGCUGAAAUUGAAGCAUCUCUGCAGCGGAAAUGGUUAUUCCUUUUAUGGAAAGUCUUGAGCUGCAAAUAAAAGCAGUGCUUGCUUAGCAUUCUUAGGAAAUGAGAGAUCCUACCAAAGCCCAUUUGUAGCUCUUGGAGAUUUUUGGGCUUCAAAACAAGCCCACUGCAAGGCAGAAGAGGUUUUGGCUUUCCACAUGGCUGACUGAAACACUUAGGAAUUGUGAGGAGCAGCUAACAUAUUUAACGAGGCUCAGUGUUCUUCUGUGCAGGGUGAAUUGAUUCAGACCAAAGUGAUUUAAAUCAGCAAGAUAUAAGGCUAAUUAUCAUUGAUUUUAAAUUGAGUUUCCUGUUGAUGCUACUUCAUAUACUUCCUAAACUGGACCUCAAAACUGGCCACUAUGCAGCGUUAAUUUACAACUAGAGAAUUAUUUACACUGUUUCAUUCUUAGAACAGCGGCUUAGCAUUUUUCACACUGUACACAUCUUGUAUGUGAAAGAUCAUGUCGUGGCUGACAUUAUUAUGUCCAGUAAUAGUGUUGCCUGAGUAGAUAUGUGGACAUAUCUGUGCUUGCUCCAGGGUCUGAUCCCUAUAUUUGUGUCUAUUGUAGCUGGUAAGCAGCUGUUUUAGGGUGGGGUGGGGGCUGUCUCUAAGAAAAUGCUUCCCUACCACCAAAGGCCUGGGUGAAGAAGAUAUAAUUACCCAGGAUAAGCUGUUGAUCAUUGAUACAUUGGGGUGAUUUAGAUGGACAACAAAUGGCUCUGUCACUUUCUCUUCCAGGGCUGUCCUGUAAUACAGUGGUACCUCUAGUUAGGAACUUAAUUUGUUCUGGAGGUCUGUUCUUAACCUGAAACUGUUCUUAACUAGAGGCGUGCUUUCGCUAAUGGGGCCUCUUGCUACUGCUGCGCCGCUGGCACACGAUUUCCAUUCUCAUCCUGGGGCAAAGUUCUCAACUCGAGGUAACUCUUCUAGGUUAGUGGAGUUACCUGAAGCGUUUGUAACCUGAGGUGUUUGUAACUCGAGGUACCACUGUAGGUUGUUCCUGAGUUAUCAGUCAGGUCGUCUUGUCAUGAUGUAAAUCCCUAACUUGUGAGUCUUUGUCAGUCAGAAACAGAUGCAGUUCUGCCAUGGGGCAUGGCUGCAGACAAUGGAUUAUGUAGGGUAUGCUUAGUGCCCUGUAUGUCGUCUUGCUUCCUGUCUCUCCAGCAGCAGCUCUAGAUGCUUGACACCAGUGAACCCUGAGAUGGGAAAUAAAGGUUGCAUUUCUUUUGUGUCUUCCAUUUGGAAUAUUUGAAACCUCAAAAUUUGGGUGUCAUUCUUACGAUGAAAGCUCAAGGGCUGUAGGGGGCAGAGAUCUCUCCCACUCCAUGCUGUUGUCUUUUAUAUAUAUUUACAUGAUCAUGCAUCAAAAACACAAGCAUUGUGAAAUGAUUCAAAUUGCAACACUGCUGAAAUUUGAUAGAUGAUACUUUUGUGUCUAUAGGAUUCCAGGAUGUUUUGUUUACUAUGAAUAAAAGAGAAGCAGGAGAAAUUCUUUGAUUGCUAUUUAUAGAAGAAAAGCACAAGGCAUACUUUGUAAUUUGAUUCAAAGUUGCAGUUUUGAACUUCCUCUUCUGUUAACAUUAAAUAAUCACUUAAGUCCACAACUUAUCACAGCAAUGAAAAUGUUAAUAGCAUUAACUGUUGAGAGAUGUCUAAAACAUUAAAAUGCUGCAAAGGAAACAAACCCUUGGUGACAUGCCUCUUUAACCUAAAUGGUUAAAACCUUCAGAAUAUCCAGACUAUCACCAGAAUUGGUGUCUCUCUUUUCAGUCAUGGACAGGCAGCUCAUUUCAAAUUACUUCUGUUUCUGAAACAAGACACACCAUUUCAUCUGCAAACUAGAUGAGGUGGUAAUUGGACUCUUUUAAAUUCUUGACUCAGUUUUGUUAACUCUUCUAAAGUGGAGCUGUACAUAGUGCAGAUGAAAGGGAGGAUCAAGGAAAUCAUGUUUGUGGAAAGAACAAGAAUUCUUAAAUUGUGGCUGACAGUAUUCACAAUCCCAGAUGGCAUCCAAUGACAAGUCGAAUAUGGAUGUAGUGAAGAGGAGCAAUGUCCCAAAGGCCACCCAUUACAUUUCACAACUAAGCAAGGAUUUGAUCUUGCCCUCCGCCAUUUCAACCCACUGCGCACUCUCCUAAUUCACUGACAAACAUUUUCACCUUAAACAUUCCAAUAUACCAUCAAUUAAACGGCAAACCAUAGUGUCCUUUUUACUUUCCUGCUUCCCCACGGCUCCCUUUAUGUAUAUGUGUGUGUGUGUAUUUCUCUCUCUCUCUCUUGCAAUUUUAACUUACAAUCCUUUGUCCCCCCCCCCCCCAGCUUCCUGCCACGGGCGUAUUGUGAAGGUGCCUGCAGGUCCUCUAGUGCGAGUUGAGAGCACAGAGGUGGUGAUUCCAUGCAACGUUAGUCAAUAUGAAGGACCCAGCGAGCAGAACUUUGACUGGGAGUUCUCUAGAAUCUCUGCUCCGGACUCUAGAUUUGUACAAGUAGUGAGUACUUGGGACCCUUGGUUCACGUCUCAGGAGUAUAAAGAUCGGGUUGACGGUAAAGAGAUCACGUUGAGGCGAAACAGCAACAACUCUGUGGAACUCGUGAUUGGAAACAUCCGCCCCGCUGACCAAGGGAUGUACCGAUGCACAACGCCCAGCACAGAUUCUGUCGUUCAGGGAAAUUACAAUGCUGUAGUCGAAGUCAAAGGUACUUCUAAAGGGUGAGGGGUAUUUACAAUUGGUAUUGGGUCUUAGUGUAAUUUUGCAAGCGAUAUGUGAAAUGGCUGGAGUAGAUGCAAUCUAGCCAAAUACACUUUUGUAUAACCUGAAGGUAGACAGUGCCCCAUGUCCCAUUGCUGCCAUAGCACUGUCCUGUGUUUGCUUAAUUGAAGCAGUGGGUUGGUGACUAUCUCAACAGGAUCACUUGAAUUUAUAAAACAAAGCAAAAUGCUCAGAAUAGCUCCUGUUAUAUUCCAGUCUCCCCCACCCUUCUUCGCUGACAUUUGUUUCUAAACAAAGCAUACUGGAAGGGGAAGUUUCUCUGCUAAUAGAUUUACUUGAAGAGGUAAUUGUGGGUGGAGGUCUUUCUGAAGCUGAAUAAUUGAUUGAGUUAAGGGAGAAAGUGUGGUGUGUGAAAACACUUUUUUGCUCAUGUUUUCCAAUGUGAGUGAUUUGUUUUGGCUCAGCGUACUCAUUAUGCUGCAUAAUUAGUCAUCUCUUUCAUGACAAUCUACCACAGCUUGACUCUGUUUCAUCGUUGCUUUAUGUAAAGCCAUUUAUUAUAACCCACACGCUUGAUAACUUUCUUUUCUCCGAAUAGUGAUUGCGGAUGGCUUAACCGUUGGUAGAUCAACAGCCCGCUCCACAUCUACUUGGAACUUAUCGGAAGGAGAUGCGUUUCAGUUGCGCUGCUCAGCGUCCACCAAUUCUUCAGAACACACACAUCUGCACGUGUCUUGGGAAUUCAGAAACGGGUUUGCCUGGCAAGAAAUUCUCUCCUUGACGCAUGAGGGCAAGUUCCAGCCUGGUUCAGAGUAUAACGAGCGCUAUAUCAGUGGAGAUGUGCGUUUAGAUGCCAUGGCCAAUGACAUUUACCGCUUGUCUGUGUCCCAAGCUCUUCCAACAGAUGAAGGUGCCUAUAGGUGUCGAGUGAGUGAAUGGGUUAAAGGUGCAGAUGCUUCAUGGCAGAAGAUCCAAGAGAAGGCUGUGGAUAUAACAAAUGUGGUGGUGCAGCCAACAGGUGAGCAUGCAGAUUCAUGAAAUGAUGUUGCCUGUAUCAGCAUCUAUGCUGUAACACCAUUGUGGCUGUGGGACAGAAUGUGCAGGCCACCAACAUUGGGUGUAAAGCCAUAGUGGCUUCCCCCUUAAGUAUCUCAGCACAGUAUAUAACAUAGUAACAGUGUAUACUUUCCUCAGUACAUGUGUUAGAUACGUUGUGAAGGCACUGCAAAUAAGAACUUAGAUAGUUGUAUUUUCUUUGAAUACCUACUGCAUAGGUGUGUUUGGAAUCUAUUUAAAACCUAGGCUUCAUAACAGAGGACUCUUUUCUUUUUCAGUAGUUUGUAUAGGAUAUUUGUGUAAAAGGUCUUGUUACCUGGCUUUGGGGAUUGCCUAGGGCUAAAGGAGAAUUUAAAUCUACAGUUGUUUUAAGUUCACAACUUUCGCCCCAAUAGCUUAGCUACUAGACAGUAGUCUUUAAAUGACUGUUCCCCUUCCUUUGUUUAAAUAUACCUGUGUGCAAUGCAUGUGCUUUGAAGGAUCAUGCCAGGCUGCAAAAUGUAUACAGUGGUAAUUUUGGAGAAGGAAGAAUAAGCAAGUUGGCUUCUUGGCGGCAAAAUGAAAUUAUAUGUUUUUGCAAGUAUGCUCAUACUGGACUUGCAAUCCUUUAAUCACCACACAGAGAAUUUGAAAAUGCCACAACAAUCAUUCAGAUGUGGUUCAGUUCUUCAUAGUAGUUAGCUUGUAAAAUCUGAUUUGUACUCCUUUGGGAGUGUGUCUUGGCUUUAGGUGUAUUCAUUAUGAGAAACAACAUCUCUGUGAUGGUGAGAGACCCCCUUGAUCUUCCCUGUGCUUGAAGUUAUAAUGCUUGUUAUGUUGGAGUAGGUAGGCAUGUGAGGUGUUUUUUUCCCCCAGGAGGAUUAAUUGUAUGUAGCAAAAUGUAGAGCCACUUGGAACACCUUCUGUUGGAACGAUGUUAUAGCUAGACGUAAAUUGUGUGAAGCUGGAUUGACAGUGAAUUUGAUUAGAAAAAAUUGUUGUGUCCUUGCAUAUCCAUGCACAAGGCAAAGCUAGCUGGUUUUUUAUUCUAAGAAAACUGAAAUUGCACAAUGAUUUGCUUCAGAACAUAGAAUUAGAUAAGUAGUGAAACUUGGGAAAAAAAGUUCACUGCCUGUUUUUCUAUAGUUCAGCAAUAAUAUAUGUGAGCUUUGCCUGUAAAUAUGUAGGCCACUAAUUAAAAAAGCAGGCAGUAGAAGCCAACAGUUAUGCUACCUGCUGUAUUAAAGAGUUGAAAAUAACACAUUUUUGUCUUGCUUCCCUCCUGCCAAAAGCUUUAGGUGUGUUCAUCACCAAAAGCAAUGUAUCUGUGACAGAGGGGGACUCCCUUGACCUUACCUGCAACUUCACAACAGACAGAAGUGGUAUUUUCCAAGCAGAGGUCAGGUGGUACUUCAGUGAAUCACCUGAUAGCACCAUGGCAGAAGCUCAGGUUUUGCUAAGUGCAGACCGUGAUUCUGUUGUUAGUGAUUCUACCCUCAUCAGCCUCAGCCAUGUGGAUCGGAGUUCUUACCACCUAUUGGUACGUGAUGUGAGCACUGAAGAUUCUGGUUACUACUACUGCCAAGCAACUCUCUGGGUGCCACAGCACAAUGGUAGCUGGCACAAGGUAGCAGAGAGGACAUCUGUGCCUGUCACUGUGGAGGUGUUGGCAUUAGGUGAGUAGCUGGGUGGUGAUGCUAUAAAGUUGAUGGAUAAUUUUUCUUGUGUAAUGAUAGGGAACCUGUGGCCCUCCAGAGGCGGUGUGCUUUGAACUUGCAUCAGUCCCUGCCAGUAUGACCCAGUGGCAAAGUGAUAAUGGCAGCUGUAGUCCCAACAACCUUUGGAGGUCCACAAGUUUUCUAUCCUGGGUUUAUACCACAAUAUGGAAGUGAACAGAAAAUGGCAUUCAAUAGGAGUGAUCCCUCCUGCCCUGGACUCUGUGUUGGAAGAAAAUUAUGUAGUUCUUAAAAAUGCUAAACCCUUUUAAGACUUACCAGUUCAUGCUCAAUGGUGGUGUGUCCAACAUGGUCUCUUAACUAUACCAGCCAUCCUGGGCUUUUUUCAUGACUAGCCAUGGAUGCCUUUUUGUGUCUAAUGUGUCAGUCCUGAGAAAACAUUUUAAAAUGAAAUGUUUGUUCUAAUCUAAUGUGGCUCUUUAACUUGACUUAAAAGAACACAAAGAUGGAAUAGUCUUAAUAUUUAAAGUGAUCCCUGUCUUGGAAGAGAGAGGGGACAUUCAAAAGCUUUCAACAAGCCCAAAGGUGGUGUUGGUGGGAUAUAUAAGCUGGAAAUCCCCACAGGACCUGCCAUGACAUAAAACAGACUUAUGCGGUGCUGGUUGUUGUUAAGUCUCGGUCUUCUUUAGCAGCCUGCCUGAAAAUACAUGGGCUGCCAUCCUCUGUAGCAAUGUAAUUUUUCCCAUUAGUCAUCCAAAGAGAAAAUUCAAAAUUGUUCAGUUUUUUUAGCUGGAAAUGUUCCGUACUGUUUUAAGUUCUUCUUUUUAAAAAAACCAAAAUAAAAUGUGUUUGCUCCAAAGACAAGAGACAGGAAGGGAAACAACUGAUAAAUAAAAAUAUAGUCAAAUGCACACUUGUUCUGAAGGCCACAUCUAUAGUUUCUAUCAGGAAGAUAGUAUCGUUUGGCAAAGCUGCAUAGUAGAAUCUGGUCUCAGGUAGUCCAGCGACUCAUCUAGACACCUUCUUGUGCUCUGAUUUGUUGUUCUUGAGUGUGGCUUGGACGACUGGGCUAAUCCCACAGUCACUACUAUAAUGGUUCUUUCAGACCCGUUGGCAGAUCUGCCAGAUUUCCUUGGGGAAAUCCUAAGAAUAAUAUAGAUCACUUUCUAUUAUUUAAUGGACAUUAUAUCAUAUGGAAAGAUUAGGAGGUGAACCAGAAGUUUGUCUAGACAAAAACAGUGUUUUUCACUUUUCCCUACCCCAAUAUUCUGCUUUGACUUUAUGGAGAACUGUGUUUUCACUAACUCUGUUUUCCUGGCUGAACUCUUAAGCUACUGAGAUCUGCUUUUUAUGCAGAUGUUCUAGGAAAUGAGCAUCCAGGCAGGAGAGAUAUGGAAAACUGAAACCCUAGCACAAAUUUCUAAAGAACCAUGUUGUUCUGUAGAGUUUGCCUUGACGUGUCAGCAUCUCUUAGAGGAUAAUUUAAAAAAUUAAGUUUCUGGCUUUUGACUUUGCAAUUAGGAGCCAGAUGAUUCUUGACAGCCUUUCAAGCAGUGGGAGCAAGCAUUUCUACUUAUACUCUGCUGAAAUUCAAGCAUUGUGCAUAUACACUUCUGAAUGCUAUCGUAGCACAAUCGGAGAUCUGGUUGAUGGUAACCCAGUCCUGACAGCCACAGCAUCUCUUGUACUUCAGAGAGCCAAGACAGCUGAAAAUCCACUUCUGCAGUAUUUGUACAAUCCAAUUUUAAACAUGUUUAUCUGCAAGUAAAUCUCUUUGGCUGCGUUACCGUUUAAUAGCAAGCCCAAGAGUAUAAGCUGAUAACAAAUAAUGGUGUAAGCCCGGCUAGUGAUGUUGGUUUGUUUGGGCAAUGCAAACCACAACCUUGGAUUUGGAUGAAACUAAGCCAGCUGCCUUUUUAUUAUUUGUUUCUCUGCUCUCAAGGACUAGAAUAGUGAAACAGCCCUUGUGCACUACCUAGCAUGGUUUAUGAAACUUCAGUUAGUAUUUAGCGCUAUGUGUAAAUGCAGCCAUUGAGUUCAAUAGGCUGAUAGGUUAGUUUAGAAUUAUAGCCUUAGAGGAAGGAGAAUAAGCUGUGCAAGUUUUGAAAGGAAAGGAAAGGAAAUCUCAAGAUGGCCUAAUGAUUUCCAUCCUGCUUGCUGUAGGCCUAAUUAUGAUAGAGAGCUUGUCUCUUAUUCUUCUCAUCCAACAGACAUCCCACCGAAUGCAACUAAACAGAGAGGUGCCACUGAUUCUGUACACUCAGUGUACUUCUGUUACCAAUAUAAUAAUAAUAAUAAUAAUAAUAAUUUAUUAUUUGCACCCCGCCCAUCUGGCUGGGUUUCCCCAGCCACUCUGGGCGGCUUCCAUAGAAACCAAAAAUACAGUAAAAUAUCACAGAUUAAAAACUUCCUGAACAGGGCUGCCUUAAGAUGUCUUCUAAAUGUCAGGUAGUUAUUUAUCGCUUUGACAUCUGAUGGGAGGGCGUUCCACAGGGCGGGCGCCACUACCGAGAAGGCCCUCUGCCUGGUUCCCUGUAGCUUUGCUUCUCGCAAUGAGGGAACCGCCAGAAGGCCCUCGGCGCUGGACCUCAGCGUCUGGGCAGAACGAUGGGGGUGGAGAUGCUCCUUCAGGUAUACUGGGCCGAGGCCGUUUAGGGCUUUAAAGGUCAACACCAGCACUUUGAAUUGUGCUCGGAAACGUACUGGGAGCCAAUGUAGGUCUUUCAAGACCGGUGUUAUGUGGUCUCGGCGGCCGCCCCUCACCAGUCUAGCUGCCGCAUUCUGGAUUAGUUGUAGUUUCGAGUCACCUUCAAAGGUAGCCCCACGUAGAGCGCAUUGCAGUAGUCCAAGCGGGAGAUAACUAGAGCAUGCACCACUCUGGCGAGACAGUCCGUGGGCAGGUAGGGUCUCAGCCUGCGUACCAGGUGGAGUUGGUAGACAGCUGCCCUGGAUACAGAAUUGACCUGCGCCUCCAUGGACAGCUGUGAGUCCAAAAUGACACCCAGGCUGCGCACCUGGUCCUUCAGGGGCACAGUUACCCCAUUCAGGACCAGAGAAUCCUCCACACCAGCCCGCCCACUGUCCCCCAAAAAUAAUACUUCUGUCUUGUCAGGAUUCAACUUCAAUCCAUUAGCCGCCAUCCAUCCUCCAACCGCCUCCAGGCACUCACACAGGACCUUCACCGCCUUCACUGGUUCUGAUUUGAAAGAGAGGUAGAGCUGGGUAUCAUCUGCAUAUUGAUGGACACCCAGUCCAAAUCCCCUGAUGAUCUCUCCCAGCGGCUUCAUAUAGAUGUUAAAAACCAUGGGGGAGAGGACGGAACCCUGAGGCACCCCACAAGUGAGGGCCCAGGGGUCUGAACACUCAUCCCCCACCACCACUUUCUGAACACGGCCCAGGAGGAAGGAGAGAAACCACUGUAUAACAGUGCCCCCAGCUCCCAGCCCCUCUAGACGGUCCAGAAGGAUGUUAUGGUCGAUUGUAUCAAAGGCCGCUGAGAGAUCCAGCAGAACCAGGAAACAACUCUCACCUUUGUCCCUAGCCCGCCAGAGAUCAUCAACCAGCGCGACCAAGGCAGUUUCAGUCCCAUGGUGAGGCCUGAAUCCCGCUUGGAAGGGUUCCAAAUGGUCCGCAUCCUCCAGGCGUGCCUGGAGUUGUUCAGCAACCACGCGCUCAAUCACCUUGCCCAAGAAUGGAAGAUUUGAGACUGGGCGAUAGUUGGCCAUACUGGCCGGGUCUAAAGAUGGUUUUUUAAGAAGCGGUUUAAUGACUGCCUCUUUCAGCAGAUCUGGGAAUGUUCCCUCACAGAGGGAAGCAUUCACCACCCCGCAGAGCCCAUCACCCAGCCCUUCCCGGCUUGCUUUUAUUAGCCAGGAUGGGGAAGGAUCAAGGAGACAGGUGGUUGGUUUCACGUGUCCAAGCAGCCUGUCCACAUCCUCGGCGGUAACGGAUUGAAAUUGAUUCCAUGCAACUUGACCAGACAGAGCUCUAGCACUCUCCCGCCCCGGCCCUGCUCCCACGGUGGUGUCUAGCUCCUUCCGAAUAUGAGUGAUUUUAUCUGCAAAAAAACUUUGCAAAAUCGUUGCAGGAGAUCUUGGGGUCUUUACAAGGCCCCGGUGGUAAAGGUGGUUCCGUUAAAUUGCGAACCACCUGAAAGAGUCUCCUGCUACUAUUUUCUGCAGAUGCAAUAGAGGCGGUGAAGAAAGUCUUCAUAGUUUCAUCGCCCUCAGCUCCGAAGAAAACCAUGGGGCUGCCCGGGCUCCAUGCAAUCGGAGAGGGCGCUUCAGAGCCAGACAGUCGAUAGCCCUGGUUAACUCCGCAUUCCAGCGGGCCACCAGGGAAUCAGCUGAAAGGCCAUCAACAUGGGCUAAAGCAUCCCCUACCACUCUCUGGAAACCAUUUGGAUCCAUUAAGUGGCGGGGGCGGACCAUCCGAAUUGGUCCCACCUCCCUGCAGAGGGGAAGGGUCGCGGAGAAGUCCAGUUGCACCAGGAAGUGAUCUGACCAUGGCACUUCUUUUGUUUCACUUUUACUUAGUGUCAGAUCACCCACGUCACUAGAGGUGAACACCAGGUCUAAGGCAUGUCCAUGACUAUGAGUUGGGCCAAACUUAUUCAGGGACAGCCCCAUGGAGGCCAUGCUUUCCACGAAGUCCCGAGCAGCCCCUUGUAAGGUCGUGUCGGCAUGGAUGUUAAAAUCCCCUAGGACAACCAAACUAGGUGUCUCCAGGAGAAAAUCCGCCACGACCUGAAGCAGCUCGGACAGGGAAUCCUUGGUGCAGCGGGGAGGUCGGUACACCAAAAGGAAUCCUGUACUGCCCCUAUUGCCCAACUUCCAGAACAUGCACUCAGAGAACUGGAUCUUCCCAGUAGGACGCCUGGUGCAAGCUAGUGACUUCCUAAAAAUCACUGCAACCCCCCCUCCCCACCCACAUGACCUGGGUUGCUGUGCGUAAGAGAAACCUGGUGGGCAAGCAGCGGCAAGGACAGGCCCAUCUGCUUCCUCCAACCAGGUCUCUGUCACACAUGCCAGGUCAAAUCCUCCAUCCACAAUCAAGUCGUGGAUGGCAGUGGUUUUAUUCAUCAUUGACCUGGCAUUGCACAGCAACACUUUCAGGUCAUGUGGGUUUCCCCUGUUGAUUCCAGUAUCCAUCCGAUCAAGGCCAGACCCGGAGGCAGGGAUAGUCUUCAAACAACGACUAAACCUGCCUCCUCGGUAAUGACAUGGUCUGGUCUUAGCGUAACUCCGCCUCCUGCCCAUGAUCACCGAGAUCGGAUGUCCCAGUGCUUCCCCCUCGUGGAACUUGUCCCAGCCAUCGUGUUGGCUGGGGAGCCACUCCUAGGCAGCCCUGAUCCUGCCCCUUAAAAACAAAACACAAACUAUACAGAACCAAUAAAACAACAACAACAAAAAGGAACAGAACAAUUAUACUAAAAUUAAUCCCCAACCAACUAUCCAUCCCACCCACCCACCCCCAACAAAGGAAAAAAGGGAAAAAAGGAAUAAAAUUUUAAAUUGCCACCGACUGCUUGAGGACAUUUUAAAGCACAUUAACCACCUGGAACAGGGAAGCAAUGGCAGAACACUUCCCACACUUCCCCAAAAGUUUGUUCCAAAUAAGGGCCUGGGCCACGCCCCCUGGGCCAGUUGGAAAAGGCCCUGGAAGGGAGCAGGCCCUGCAGUCCUCACCCAGCCGAUGGUCCCAAUAUACCAAUAUUAUCUGGAAAGCAUCCAUAGCUUUAAAAGCUGCCUUGAAUAGGGUGCCUCUUUUCUGCAUUGAAAGUAUUCGGUUGGUCACUGGGAAUUUCUUAGCCUUUGCAUCCCAAAUUACCGUAGUAAUUAUUUUGAUGCAGGUUAAGGGGGAGGAGCAAAAUGUUUUUCAAAUGAUCUUACAUUGCCUGCGGGUGGGAAAAGCAGGAGAGGAAUUCUCAUCUGUAGUAGAUAAACUGCAUCCAAAAUUCAACAGCAGCCCCCUCCUACUUGAUUGAAGUUUGAGAGCUUGGCAGGGUAUUAAGUCGUUGAACUGUCAGCAAGGCUGUUCUUUGACAGCUGACAAGAGUGCAGGAAUGAGGCUUAUCCAGCAAGCCUUUUAUUCCUUCCUGCUAAAUCCUCUGUCUGAGAGUCAGUGUGAAGAGACUAGCUGGAGCACUCCUGUCAAAGCCAAAACUUGCCCCAGCCAUCCUAUUCCCUAUAGGUCUUGCAAAUGCUGGAUAUGAUUAGCUGACAUCCCAUUUACCUUCAACUUUCUUCUAUUUCCUAAUGAGGACAUGAAAAUGUUGUUGGUGCUUCUGUUUGGAAGCAAGCUGCUCCAGUGAAUUAUGUGGGCUGGUUCAGAUUAUCAUAUACCAUUAUGCUGAGCCAAGAACAAGCCUUUUGGCCGCACAUGAGCAGCUCUUUUGCUCCUCCCUUCCCGCUAACAAACCAGGGAGACGUUGAUUAACUAUUGCUUCCUAUAUCAGCCAAACCAGGAAAUUAAUUGUUGUGGAACAAGUAAGGGUAUCAAUCCAACUUCAAACUAAGUUUUCAUAUCCUGGCUUGUUCAGAAACUGUUAACCAUAGUUUCCUUGUUUGGACAAAGUAGUAAACUGUAGCAAAGUGGGGAGCAAGGGAACUGUGUGUGCAUCCAUAAGCCUCAUUCAGAUCUUGACAUUAAGGUGAGGUAUGAUUGGCCAACCCAGCCCUUUUUGUGGCUCAUUAACUAGCUUUCCCUCCAUGACCUUUAUAAAUAUUGGUAGUGCAUUGUAUUCCUUCUUUUCUGGGAUCCUAAAUAUGGUUGCUAAGAGCAGAAAGUAGGCCCUUCAUAGUUCUUUCAGACUUGUGAUUAUGAAACUGUCAGAAAUUGUAUUUUAAAAAAAACAGUAAAGUUAACUUGAAGGGUAUAUUCAGUUUCUAGCACUGGCAUUCAACACCAGGAACAAGUAAAUGUGGGAUGCUCUCCAAUAUUGGCUUGCUCUAGUGCCAGCUUUCCUCUGCCAAGGUCGCUGAAGUGGGCAAUAAAAUGAAUGGUAAAGCAGUGUACAGAAACCUGACACGCUCUUGGCAUGCCCUUCCAAAAUGGGGAGCAUGUUCAUUAAAAUGAAACAUUUCCCUGAGAGGCAGACUUUGCAAUUGCAAUGCAGUGUUCUGUAACCAAAAUGUUGUAUUAUGAAAUUCCUACAGUAUAGUGUGACUUACUAAAUAUUGGCUUUAGAAUCUGCCUUUUGUUUGACUUGAGGCUGCAUGCCAUGAAGAUACUCCAUUUCUGGGAAUUACAUGGUCCACUGUCACCAGCUAAGUAGUAAAUGCCCCAUCCUAUGCCAUGACUUGCAAGAUGCCAAAAGAAUGUUGCCGUUCUGAAAUGAUAAAUGUGAAAAUGUAGCCUGUAUUCUGAAUUGGUCUUUAUUUCAUACUUUUGUUUCCUUGUCUGUCUCCCUGCUUUUCAAAAUGCUCCGCAGAGCCAACUUACCAUGUGUUUCUGAAUGCGACUAAAACACCUAAGUAUGCAGAAGAUCCCACAGAAUUGGAAUGUAGGAUCACAGAGGCGCAGAACACUGAAACAAAUGUGCGUUUCACUGUCUCAUGGUACUACCGAUUACCUAUGCGCAGUGAUGAAGUAGUGAAAGAUGAACUUCUUGCCACCAUGGAUGCAGACUGGACGCUGGUAGUUGGGGACAGAAGCAAACAACGGGCCCAGAAUGGGGAAAUUAUUUUCUCUAAACCAACUGUGGACACCUUCCGCUUACGAAUCCAGUGGACCUCUGAAGCAGACAGAGGAGAUUAUUAUUGUGUAAUUUCUUCAUGGAGCAGGCAACGAAAUAACAGCUGGAUAAAGAUCAAGGAUGUGGCUUCUGUGCCUGUAAGCAUUUUAUGGUCUACACAAGGUAGGAAUCUUGUACAGCCUGACUUUAAAAACUUGUGAUGCAAAUUGUUGGUGACUCAGUGGCUUGCCUUUAGAGACUCCGAGAUGGAAAAUUUCUAAAGGGUUUUGAUAGAUGUAUAUACAUCUGCCAUUGCCAUCUUUGGAUGGGAAAGUGGAUGAAAGUGGCUAAUGAUGAGAUCAAAGAGCACAGUACCAUUUAGGAAUGUUCAACACAAUCAACAAUAAUUCCAAGCUAAGGUUGCUAAGAGUCCUGGGCUAGAAAUAUUUUAGGGCAGCGUACACAGGGCUUACUAGUGCAUCGGGGCUUCCCCGCUUUCCUGUCCCCCAGCUCCAGCUCCCUCCACUCCCCCCCCCAAUUGACUUGGAGGCAUCAGGAGAACACCCAAAACAAUGUGUGGAGGGAGAAGAGGGAAAAUUAUUCCAUCCAGCAAGCACUCUGGCAAUGUUGAAUUCCUUCCACAGAGUGUUAUUCAACUAAAAUUUCCUCAGAGUGGUCCCACUGAAAUGAAUGAACAUGGCUAGGUUAGGUCAAUUAAUUUCAGCAAGUCUGCUUUUAGUAAAGCUUAGUUGAAUAUCACCCACACCAUCACAAACUCUUGUCCAAACUCCUCCUGGCAAUGUACCAAGAAGCAGCUUGAAAUGUAUGUGAAGGUGGAGUCCUGAGGAAAUAGCAGCCGCAGGGAAUUGGUGCAAGGAGUUGUGCAAGAGAUUGAAGGUAUAUCUGGAAUUCUUAGAGUUCAUCAGAUGCAGACUACACAGUCAGGAUAUUUUUUCACACCCAGGCGACAAGAGAAAAAUUUUAAGAAUGAUACUACGUUUGUUUUGUUUAGAACGAUUUACAGACCAUUUAAUCACAACUCUCUACUCUUAAGUGGAUGUGGGAGGUGGGGACAUGGAAGAUGGACCACAAUGCUGGUUGUCAUGGUGGCCUUGGAUAUCCAGCCCCCUCGGCCUCAUGAUUAGAGUGAAGGAAAUCAAGUAAUUGACUUGGAUCAUUAUCAGAUUCCUGUUCUUUUAAUAGAGUAAACUAACAGCUGUUUUUGGUUAGAGCUUUUAUCUGAUGGAAAGUUGUGUCUAGACAGCAGCCAACAGUCCUGAUUGAGCACUCCUGCACAUAACUUAACUUGAGUGUGGGAAACAUGCUUUAAAAAGGCAAACUGCCCUUUUCCUUGGAACACCUUGUGUUCAUUGCCUGUAGAAAGCACAAGCAGAAACUUGCAUUGUUCCCGAAAGCCCUGUGAUCUGGCCCUGUGAUAUUCAAGAACAGACCAAAGUAGCCUUGAAGUCUGGGCUGUAAAGGGUGGAAGAAACAGAAACAGCAUUUCCAAAUCCACAUGCUUCAGAGCUGUCAGCAAUCACCUUCAUGAAGAUUUUUCAGAAUGUAAUUAUUUGUCGGCGGCAGCUACAAUACUGUGUCAUACUCUGCACUAAGGGCUGACUUGAACGUUCAUGUGAUCAAUGGCUUCAGUUCUUGUUGAAUGCCCGGGACAAGUAGCUACUUCUGAACCUGAGUUUUUCUGUCUCCAUUUUUACAUGCGGGGAUCUGCCACAAGGUGUUUGUAAGAAUGAAAACACCACGGUGAAUCAGAGUUGCUGUGUUCUUUUUCUGUCAACUUGCUUUGAGUAUGUGUUUACUGAACCAGUCGAGAAGCAGUUUUGCCAUGAGGCUAGAUAGUGUACAGUAUGCUGCAGCAGGUAUCCAAUUAAAGCACUGAAUCUGGGCUUCAAGUGUUAGAUUGAAACAAUUCAUGCUAGUAUUCCUUUUUGAGUGAUGGUCUCAGCAAUACAAAGGCAAGCCUUCGGUGGUACUUUGGACAGUUCUGUGUGUGGCCCAGGCUGGAGGCUGUAUUCAGCAGCAGUCAUCCCCAGACUAGGUCUUAGAGCUGCAGUUUAUCCGAGUUGCUAGCUCUGUCUUUCGUGGGAGCAGCCCCUUCAUUUAAACGGACUCUGCUUGCUUUAUCAUUCACUGGCUCUGGCAGAGCAGGCAAGGCUGUGGUUCUUCUAAGGCUUCUGAGCUGGAGUUCUCAGAGGAAGGCAAUGCAGCAUCCAGCAGCUGGACAGGUACUGACACAAUGGGCUCCUCUUUUUCCAAGUGUAAAUUUGAGGCUGACCAUCUUCCACCCUGAGUUCCUGGUCUCAUCCCCUGGAGAAGGAUGUCAUGAUCCCAGUGUCAUGGCAGACAGGCUCAUUGUCAAAGCCCUGCAUUACAAGAAAGGCAAAAUAAAUAAAUAAAUACCCCUGUGUUUUCUAUUAACAGUGCAAAAAAAGCACAUUUUUUGUACAAUUUCCCUUAUUCUGCAAAUUUCAUUAGUUUACAUGAUUUUAUUUUGGUUUCUUUUAAUGAUGUGGUGCAAGAGGUAUGCAGAGCACUGAAGCCCCACUGCCAACCAGGAGGUUGGUGUUUUUUUUUAAGGCAUUUGCAAGCCACUCUAUAAUAAACAUUCUUGGCAUUUACAGAAUUAAAAUAAAAUAAAUGAAAACUUAAGCUUUGUGCUUAAAUUAGUCAUACAAUGAGUACAAUAAAAGUAUGGGAGGAGGUAAAAAUCAAGACCUUAAAACAAAAGCUAAAAGAGCAAAGAAUGAAACCGAAAAUCUAAAACAGAUUUAAAAGGCUGCAGCAACCUUAAAAGGCCUGGGGGAAAACCUAAUCUGGCACCAGAAAAUCUGAAGUAGUUUCUGCUGUGCCGUUCAUUGGUUGAGGCAUGCUUUUCAAGAUAGGUAUCUGCCUUCUUCCUCUUGCUUGGUAACGAAAAGUUAACUGAUAAAGAAGAGACCAAGUCAGCAGGGAAAUCCUGGUUUUGUGUCUAAGAGUGUCACAUAGUGAAUGGACAGCUUGCAGCUCAGUGCAAAAGGUUCAGUGCAAAAGGAAUAAAUUAGUGGAUCAGGAGGAAAGAUCUGUGGCUCACUUAAUUUAUGGACAUGCGGUGAUUAUUUUAGUAACUAGAUGCUUACUGAAACAUCCAAGCUUGGAGCUGAAGUUUCUGGCGCUAACACCACACUGGCAAACUUUUUGAGAGCAAGUGUGCACUUCAGCUGUGAGACGGGACUAGGAGAAUGUUCCUUGGCCAUGGGCUUCUAUCUAAUACAGUAAUAUCUUUCAAAGGAUGAAGAACUAAGUACACGUAUGCAUUGCACAACUCACUAUCGUCAGGCAGGAAUGCUUAAAUUAGCAGCCCAGACUUCCAUCGCAAACACUAAAACUCAUUCUCUUGGGAUAUCUUACUGGGUCAUAGAAUUAAGUUUUGUUGUGUUUUAAAAGCAGCUUAUUGGCUGCCUGAUGAACGCCAAGCUGCUCUGCAAUUUUUUGCUCCAUUGGGCCAAGCAGGUAUUGCCCAUGGGCAAGCACUGGAGUGGCAACCAACACAUUCACCCUGUGCUCUCCACGUACUUGCUGCUGCUCACCAGAGAGCUAUGUGAGCAGUGCUGGUCCACUGCAGCAUCAGUUGCAUACAUGGAACUCUCUUAAGGAGCUAGUAGCCCUUUGCGGCUAAAAAGGAGAGGAGAGUCAUGCCUACACUGUCAUGUUUAGCACUGGGCCAUCACUGUUGCUGCCGUCAGGGAUAGAAUUGGGGCAGAAGUCCUGGGCCCCUCUGGACAGGGGGUUCCCCUAGAUGCAGCAGGACUGGCUUGCCACAUUUCAAAGCAAGAAUUAAAGAUGGGUCCCUGUAAGAUUGUCUGGAAUAAUGUCCAUUACCAUCUAAAGAGCCCCACCUCCACUUUUCAUAGACCAUUAGGUCUAGAGUCCAAAAUUUAUCUAAUGGAUUAUAGUCUUGCAGAUGCAUUUGUGGUGUGUUUUCCAACCUUAAAAUAAUGUUUGUUUGUUGAUUUGUUUUUAUUAUUUAAGCAAUUUAUGUACUGCAAAGCUAUAAUUGUCUCCAAAUGGUUUACAAGGCUGGGAUGGUUGUGUGGCUGCUGCAGUACAGGAGGAAGGGGAUCAGAAGGGAGGCAGCAGCAACAGUGCAGGCAAGCAGAGCGAGGCUGAGAGAUCAGUGCCUUGAAUGUGUGUCCAAAUUCAAAAGCGUUGCAUGAAAAAUAAGACCUUUGAAAAACAAAACGCCUUUUCGCAUACAUUUGAUGCAGUGCAGUCUUUAUCAUAUAUAUUGCUGUUCCAAGAGAGCUUGACCUUUUUAAAAAUUCUGACCUUUCCUAGAUUAUGACUCGGAUGGCAAAUCGCCAACAAUAUCUGUGAUCUAGUCCUUCUGCUUGUGAUCUAUUCCUCCUUCCUCUUUUAUUAUAAUGAGUGACCUGUUCCCAUUUGCUCAGUGGCAUUAUCUAUUUCCAGCAUUUGUACCCUGCCUUACUAUAAUAAUCAAGAUAACUUACAUUGGUCAAUAGAAAUACACAACAACCCAUAUGCAUCAGUAAAUUAAUAUUAAAGUAACAGAUAGCAUCACAGUAUCAGAUAGGAUCUUGCUUUAAAGCAGCAUCCAGAAAAACAUUGUGAAACAGGGCAGUUUCUGCUGCCUCCUGGAAGCUGAUCAGCUGUUUCUCAGGAGUUAGGCACCACAGCAGAGAAGGCCCUGUCUUUUAUAGGCCCCUGCUAUGUUCCUGUUGGCAGAAGAGCAGAGAGCAGGGCAUCUGGCUUAUAAAGGGUGCAUUUGGGAGGCAGCUUUGACCUAAUAUACCUGCAGUGGCUCAGAGAAUAGUUUUCCUUCCUUAGUACAAUUUAUUCUUAGCAUAUUUGGGACCCAAAAUCCUGUGGGAAAAUAAGAGAGGGCUUCAGCAAAGACAAAAGCCUCUCUAUGUCUUCAGUUCAUUGAGGGGAGCUAAGUGUAUACCACAUCCAUACGAAAUACCCAAAUCUGAUUUUAAAAACAGAACUCUGCAAGUAAAAUUAGUUUUGGUAGACUGCAAACCAUGGUUUCAGGGCAAUCUUAGUUAACUCAAGCCCUGAUUUGACUAACAUCUAAAGCAAAAUAUAGAACAGGCAGUGUGGGAUGGGGGGGGGGAGCAUGUGGGCCUGCUGUGCGGUACUGCACAUGGUUUUCAGAUGUGACCUGAAGUUACUUUGUGUGAAACAAGUCUGCAGAUUGGUUUAUAUACAUGCACCAAAUGUAUGGAUUCCUCUGGUGGCUGAUAAAAAUGUGACAUUUUAAAAUUUGUGUGACAUACUUGGGCUAAGAAUGUUUUUCUCCUCCUGGACUGGAAUGGAAGCUUUUCUUUGUAAAGUACAGUAUCCAAAUUGCUUGUCACUCAUACGAGGCUUUUUAGCUGCUGUGUGUCUUGAGAGAAAUGUAGCAUAAACAGUAUAAUAGCUGCUCAGACUUUAAAAUGUAGCCUUGUUUGUGAAAGACAGGUUUAUCCCAUUUUUGUUAGACUGUGGAAAUCUGUUUAUACUCUUUUGGAUGUGCUUUGAGUGAUCUGAAAUGUGGUGGCUGCAUGUGUGGCAUUCUCUCCCCCUGCUUUUUAUUUAUUUUAAAGUAAACACGGUUUUCCUUGAUAUUUUAGCAAGUUCCAUUUCUUGCCAGAUGUGCAAAACAGUAUUUUGACAGUUCAUCUUUGUUUCUGAUACUGGUUUCUCCCCCUGCCCCCGCUUUGCUUUUCAAAUCCCCUUUCUUCUUACCAAGUGAUGAGUUUGGGUCUCAUGUGCAUAACUUAAUUUUGAGUUGCUCUGUGUAAAUCAAAUAACAUUAAAACUAAACUAUGUUAACUGAAUUACAUAGGUCUGUGCAUGUGUUUUUACUAGACUUUGCAGCUCCUUAAAGCACUUGACCUGAAGGUUGUUGAUUAUGAUCUGCAGUGGAAUGGCUCUCUGCAGGGACUGAACACUGGUGGUCCUAGCCUCAGGCAGAUGAUUUGGACAUAAAACCAGUCAGAAUAUGUGGCUUAGCUCCAGAUUUGCGAUAGUCCUGACCUCCUGUUGACCCAGGUAGGUCAUGUUGUAUUUGAGGUCCUAUGUUCACAACUUCCUCACCGUUGUCUGCCACCAUCUCUGUAACACUAUCUCAUGAUUUAGCCUUCAGCAUUGCAUUCUAGAGUUUGUGGCAAUCUGAAUUUUGUUAAGAUUACGUGCCUCAGGCCCACUGCUGUUCAUAGGCUGGAGGUUCUCUGUGUUGGACUUAAGUCUCUGUGGAUUACACACAGCUCUUGUUUGUAGGAUAUCUAUUUUUAUUACUUAUUUUAAAUUUUGUUUUAUGAGAAGCAUUGAGACCUAGGAACGUUUUGCCUAUAGUUUUAAACCACGAUUUGUGACCAUAGGCAAAACUUUCCCAGGCAAUGUGAAUUGGCCCAAUGGCUUGAAGAAGUAGAAAUACUUGAACUAGAGAUCUGUAGAGUUCACUCUGAACAUUCCAGUUUUUGGAAAUAUUAAGGACGCUAUAGGACUCCCUUCACUAUGUCUGCAAACCUGAAUAUCUGGGGAGGAAGAUUGGGCAGUGGCAAUACAGUGGUACCUCGGGUUAAGAACUUAAUUCGUUCUGGAGGUCCGUUCUUAACCUGAAACUGUUCUUAACCUGAAGCACCACUUUAGCUAAUGGGGCCUCCCGCUGCUGCCGCACUGCCGCCGCGCGAUUUCUGUUCUUAUCCUGAAGCAAAGUUCUUAACCCAAGGUACUAUUUCUGGGUUAGCAGAGUCUGUAACCUGAAGCGUCUGUAACCUGAAGUGUCUGUAACCCGAGGUACCACUGUAGUGACCAUAAGAAAAGGUCAAUGUGCUACACUGGCCAGUCCUAAAAUGCGAAAGAUGGGCAGAAUAAACAGGUAGGAGGCUAAGGGGAAAGGGAAUAUUAAAACUGAAAUACUCCAUAACUAUUCCACUAGACUCUUAUUUUUAACAAUAUCCACCGACCUUCUCUCUCUCUCUCUCUCCCCCCCCCACACACACCUUACAUUGUACCUGAUGUCUGUUCUACUCCUGGAUCCUUUAACAAACUAUUUUCUAAACUUGACUAUUUUAAUGGCAUUCUCUCAAUAUGUCAUGCUGAUACAACAAUAAUUAUAGGUAACUUAAUCUGAGUCUGUAAUAUUCCUUGCACUUUCAAGGGAUGUUUGUGGGGGAUAUUGAAGAUACUGAGACAAUGUACCUAGUGUUAGAAAAGACUUAACAGCCAGCUAGUUAAAAUGCAAAUCUUGACCAGACAUUUUCCUUUUAAUCUGAAGAUUUGCAUCUAGAAUAGAAAACUAAAUCUGGCAUUUAUCUGAUUGUAUGCUGCCAGAGCAGAAUUAUAACAAAUCCAUCCCCUUUCAAACACGCUUUCAGUAGUUGUAGGAUGUUGAAACAUUGCUUGAGAAUAAUUGCCUGCCCGUGAGGGUCCCUUACAUGUUUUCCAAUAAAUAAAUAGCGUGCUGGGUAAGCUUACAUAUUACCAAAAAGAGGGCACAGAUUUGCAUAAAUUUGCAUGUGUUUAUAUAAUAUGCAAACUUAGAAAUAGUGGGUGGAAUUUGACGUCAUACUGUUACAAAUGUUUCAUCAGCAGAAGCAUAUCAGCUCCCCUCUCCUCUCACUACUGUUCUCCCAACCACCCACCCAAACCAAUUUAGGGAGGCACAGGGGAGGGGAGCAGAGUCCUAUUGUGAAGCCUUCUGCUGACAGGGUUUGUAAGGUGAACCUGACCCAAUGACUGUAAGAGAAAUAGAAGUGCAAUACAUCUCUCACUGUCAAGGGCAAGGCUGGCCCAGUUGACCUGUGUGCCUAUUCAGUCUGCCAUCCAGGAGCUAACUGAUGAUGGGCAGCCUCUGCUCUUCCUCCUUAUAGUUCUUUCAUUUGAAACUGGACUUGGACUGGACAGCCUUUCAACAAGAGGAUGACUUCAAAGUAAAGCAAAGUGGGACAUAAUAGCUACUCUAAGUGAGCAUCAUAUUUGGGACUGACCUAUGGUACUUAAAAAACAACAGCACCACACACACAGUGUAAGUAUGUGUGUGGCCAUGCCACAAAACUAGUAAGGCUCUCUCAGCCUUUAAAAAUUUUCCUCUUUUCAUUUCGCCACUAUACACUUGAUAAGAGUGUAGGCACUUGGUGUUUUUGAAGGUUAACUCUACUGUAUCUAGAGUACUGUGGAUUGCAUUAAAUGCAAAAUACUGUGCUCCACUGACAAGUCUAAGAUAGAUACUCAGUCCUUGUAAGAUCGAUCACAAACGGAAACUGAGAGCUAAGUGGCAAAUCAAGGAGUACUUCUUAAGAACAGGCCUGCCUUUCAGAGACAAGAAUCAGUAGCUUUUUACUGACAAGAUUCUCCUAUCUCUUAUUCAUAUUUAAUAUCUCUUGAUCAUCAAAGGCAAGUUUUUAGAGGCAGAGGAGGAGGAAUAGAAAUUACGGCUGGGUUCGGAAGGAGUUCAAUAUACCAGUCAAGCUACUAUAAACUACUUCCCUUGUUGCUAAUCUGAUUUUCUUUUUGAAGCUGAAAUUUUAUCCUGUAAAGGAGUAGGGAAACUGGUUUGAUUUUCAACUUAGAACAGAUAAAGGAAGAUAGCAAAUUAUAGAGAUUGGUGCCUGAAACUAAAAUUUACAAUACCAUAAACUAUUAAAUUAAAGAAGCAUUAAAUUGGUUAAACAUCAGUGAGCAAAAUCAACAUACAUCCCCUGCCCACUUCACUUUUAAAAUCGCAUAGUCAUAAAUGGACAGUAUAAACCGACACUGACACAGGAUUCAGGCUUUAUGAAAACAAACGUUUACCAAGUCAAUCAGUUUUUAUAAGUCCCCUUCUACUUCAUCAGUUCAUUUAAAACAGCAGUGAAGAAGCUGCAGACCACAGACAUAAUUUGGUCCUCAAGACAUCCCAGUUUGUCUCACUAGGUUAUUUGACCAAGCCAUGUCCAUCUGCCCUAGGCCUGACAUCAUAUAUGACAUAUGGAAUGUUCAGGGAGCUCUGUGGAUCUCUAAUUUAAACUUCCUGCCAUUGGCCCAAUUUACACAUCACAUUAAAAAUAAACUAUUCAUAUAUGAUGCCAGGUGCAGGUCAGAUAAAGAUGUAUCUGGCCUAAAGGGGCGUUGCCAGGAUCACUGAUCAGCUGAGUGACAGCAUCUUCAAAGCCAUGUGCAAUUCCCUGUACACAGUGCUUUGUAAGUAUGGAUAGUCAACUGAUUGUUUUGGCAAAGUGGCUCACCUGAUAUUGUGAUGUCAGGUGACUGACAAUGCUACCCAUCUAUCAAAACUUGACCCACAGAAGUUCAAGGGAAUAAGCCAGAUUCAAUUCCCAGCUUAAAAUUAGAUGUACAGAGGUAGCCAUAAGAACUCAUCAUUCCUUGGGUAUAGCUUUUUCUGAAGAAAACCUAAUACCAGUUCAGUUCGGCUAAACACUGAUAAUCUGAUCUAUGCUAGAGAUGCUAAUUCAAAAUUAAUUCAGUUACACAAUCUUAGAUCUUGUGUAUCAAAUCUAAAUUCCCUAGACAGCAACUCCCCCCCCCCACAAAAAAGAACAUAAUUUUGGGAGCGAGCAAGGUCUAAAGGGUCAGCAAAAUUGGCUUUCUCAAGAUCUAUCUUUAAGAUGUCCUAAGUAUCAUAACUGAGCCAUACACUCAGUACUGUACAAAGCUGGGCUGAACAGUCUCUUCCGUAGUACUCAAAAAUCUCCUGGUACCUCAAGCUUGGUGCCACCGCCUACCAGUUUGGGCUGGUUGGAAACUGUAUACAACUGACCCUAAUAUUUGUGGAGUAAUUACAAACACUUUAAAGGGAACACUAGGGGGGUUUCUAAUAUGAGCCAGGCAUGCCACUGAAUUGUGAAAUCAACAUUCUUGAAACUCCUGCUGUUACUGGGAAAGAAGGCGUUGGUUCUUAGUUGUUUCAAAAAUUCUGUCCAAAAUCCUAGACUUUUUUUAAAAGGGGAAAUUGUUUCUGGCAUGUCUUGUCUUUCAGGGAACAAGGGAGAUACCAGGAGAUGUAGGAGGAGUGUUUCUUGGUUUCCAUAUAGACUGUCUUGAGUAUACUCAAGGUGGGAUGGGGGGUGAGGGAGAGGAGAGGGAAUUAACUGAACAAACUUGCAUCUUAUUAUAGCAAAAACAAUUUACCUAGAAGAGGGGAGGAAAUGUGAAUAGGGAGUUGGAUUGUUGCCCUGUGAUUACAGGAAGGCAGGCAUUUGUCUGGGCAGUCGAGGGCAGAAGGCCAGGCUACCUCUCUCAUUAUUAAAGUACUUAACAUUAGCCCACGGGAAAACAGAAGGGCAAGGAUUUGGAAAGGUGUCAAAUUCAAAUUUACCCAGGGGAUAUGUGAGCAAAUGGAUGUGUUUAAAACUAGGUUGUUGGGCUUUCCAAGUUGGAGGCUUUGGUACAGACUUGUAACAAUGCAUCUUGGGUUCCCUACCCUCUCACACACAACGCAGAUCUUUUGUAUGUGUGGCUGAGCCUGGGGGUGGUGGAAACCACCUUCCUGACCAUUGGACCCACUAUUGGUCCUGUCCACUCAAUCUGCUGUCUUUGCGUGCAGCGGAAUCCGUAACUUGCUGAGGGUUUGAGACCCUUUGGCUACCCUCCCCUGGUUUAAUCAGCCAGUCGAAGCCGUUCCCAAGGUGUGGCCACUGUCACAUGCUGACAGUUCCCAUGAGCCACAGGUGAGAGUUGAGUUCAGAGUGGGGACCAAAGAUGGACAGACUACCCCAGAAGGAGCACAGCGUGUCCCUCACCAGAGGUACUACCCCUCCCCUAACACCCCAUUCACCCUGUAAGCUUAAGACAAAAUGCUAUAUACAGCAAUAGCCCUCUUGUAAAUCACUAUCUCUGGCCUUGGAUCCACUUACCAUGUGCCUUACUCUCCAGCCUGCCAUUGGUGGUCAGCCAGAUGCUGCAGAGAAGUAUCUGGAAGACAAAUGUGUGAACACGGGGGCUUCCUUUUAAUCUGUUUUAUCUUGCAGGUGCCAGUAUACUUGCUCUCCCAAAAGCCAUUUAGUAUCCCUGGGGUAUUUAAGUACAUUUUGAAAGUUAUUUGUGUGGAAACCUUGUAAUGAGAACCCUGUUUUCUGUCCCACGAUUAUUCACUUCCUCCUAGAGAGUCUGGAUACAGAGAAUGCUUCUGCCUCAUGAAUUCUGCAAAACAUGCCCAUGUUUUUUUCCUCUCAGGGAGAGGAAAGCAGUGGUAUAUUAGGGGCAUCUGUUAAACUAUUUGCAAAGAAGUAUACAACCUCUGUGUUCUUGCAGUCAUUGGUUUUGAGCACUAGAUUAAGACAAGGAAAAUGAGAGAGAGGUGGUGAUAAUGUAACUUGUUCUAUCUCCUUGUCUUCAGUCUGAAAUUAAAUGAUCCCUUGCCUUUGUAUUUCUGAAAUGCAGUACAGAAAAGGACCAUGAAAAGAUGCUAACAGUGCACUCGUUUUGGAGAUCAUGGAAGCAAUUUAUAUGAAAAGAAAGCAAUUAUGCUACGGAGGCUGCUACCCUUAAACUUUGUACUAUGCAGCAGUUCUUGUGAAAUAAGUGGGGAUUUCUGGGGUGGGGGGAGAGCCUUGAAGCUUUAUCCAAAACCCAGAGCACUGCAAUCUGAUACUUGCAAUUAGUUCCACCUCCUGAGUCAAUAUUCAGUGGCCUAAGUGCACCAGCAAAAAUGUGCUGCAGUUAUUCUACACAAUAGCUUAGUUGAGGUGAUAAAACAUGGAAACACAAACGAUUUAUUUUCAGUGUACAUUAUUAUUCAGGAAUGUGGGGAUUAAGGGGAAAAAAACACCAAGUCAAUCUUAGACAUUUACUUCCUAGUCUCAGGAUCAUAAUUGCAGCACUUAACACCAGCUUCAACUUGAUAACAUAGGCAUGAAAUGUGAAAUACCACACUUGAAAUGCUUUUUAUAAAGACAGAAUUGGUCUUGAAGUACUGUUCUACUUUUCUGUAUAGCAAUUGCAUAAUAGUAAGUUGACGAAGUGUUUGCCUAGUUAUUCCUUGUUAAAAUAUUUAUGUCCCACCUCUGCCAAGAUGGCUAAUAACAAUCACCUAAUAAAAACCAUGGUGAAAUGUAAAAGAACCUUAAGGGGGUUAAAACAGCUCAUCAGCAACUGCAUUAAAAUAAAAUACUAUUAAAAGCCAGUGAGAGAAUAAAGCAUAUUUUGUCUGUUUUCUGAGCACCAUCCAUGAGGGUGUUUGGUUAAUAUAUAAGGGGAGGGAAAUUCCAAGGAGAAGAUGUCACAGCUGAAAAGGUGAUCUCCCCUUUGCAGCCACCAUACCUCAAUGUUCAAAGGGCAUUUGGUUCCGCCCCCUAGUGACGUUGCAUGUGUGACAUCAGGACAUUGUGUUGGGGCCCCUCAAUCAUCUUGAGAAGUUGGUGCCUCUGAUGAGGAGCCUGCCCCCUUCCCCUUUGCGCAAAUUCAUAACAAUACCAACUGUUGCACCUUGCAUUUGGUCUGGUAGCCAGUGUGGAUCUCUGAACAGAGGUGUAAUAUUGUGACAGGGUCUCACUCCUGUCAACAAUUGCUCUGCAUAAUUCUGCACUGACUGCAGAUUACAGACCAAGCACAAGGACAGACCCACAUAGAUUGUAUUGUAUUGAUGCUUAGCAUAGUCUUCGUUCUUAGGUGUGAUGGUAAGCUGCUUCCUGGGACCCAGGUGAUCUAGGAACCAAAGGCCAUGUUGGAUUCCGAAAUGCCACGAAAUGAAGUUCAAAGUAGAGACAGGAAAGGAAUUUUCUUUAACCUUGCUAUAAAGGUUGGGGACAUCCUGUGCUGCAGCCUCUAAGUAGUGAGACUCUCUACCCACAGAGGUGCACCUGACAGCUUCACUAUACAGCUUUCAGCAAAUGCUGGAGACAAACCUGUUCACCCUGGCCUUUGACACUUUAGGGGCAUGUUUUUUAGGACCCACUCUGUUUUUGUGUUCGUAAGCUGUUUUAAAUGGUUUUUCAUGCUGUAUUUAAAAUUGUAACCUGCCCUGGGAUCUUAGAGUGAAGGGUGGGUAAAAAAAUAAAAUGAUUUUGAUGGUAGUAAAGCAUGCAGAAUAUUGCAAGAUGUGUCAGAGAGUUUGCUGCUGUUCAUCUCAAUGAAGCCUAGAGGAAGGAGGCUCUGGAGUGGUCAUAUUCUAUCCUAAUAUGUUUUGUUGUGCAUAGAUUUGAGAUGUAAAAUCAAGGCAACUUCAUUUACAACCUUCACAAUCAACUUGCCUACUGUUGCUUCCUUGCAGAAUUUAAUUAUAAUGGUAAUGAUUUUCAGGAACUACUCUUAAUAGUUUUCUCAUUAUUAUACAUCAUUGUAAAUCCACACUAUUAGCGCUAAGUACAAUCAAAUACUCUUCAUUUAACUACUAGCACAUCUUAACGUUGGUUUAUGGAAUGUUUCAGCUUUUUGCCUUGCUUGUGCGUAAUUGGAAAUAUAAAAUCAACACUGAGCAAGUAAAAGCUGUGUAAACAGCUUGGAGCUUCUGGAGAGUUUAAUAGCUUGAACUGCCUCCAGUUGUUUUUUUUAAGUCUGUUUUUAUUAUAAAAUGAAAAUAGUCAAGGGCAGUUCAUAGGGAAAGCACAUUAGGAGAAUGUAUCCUUACUUAAGUGAUUAGUCAAAAUAUUGUCACAAAGAAAUGUACUUAUGGGAGAGUUUGUUGCAGGCAUUCACAUUGCAGUUGAUUUGUAGUUCUUAAGAAAUUAGUAGAAGAGAAUUUGGGAAGACACAGGCGCAGGAACCAGAGAGAGAGGAGACCUCUGAAGGCACCAAGAACAGCAUGUUUGGGCCCAAUCUCUUUUGAGUCAUAUGAGACAUCUUUGGAGAGAAUUGACUCUGUCUUCAAAGGACAGCUAAGACCAUUAAUGAGAUAAGAUGCAAGUUUGUUUGAGCUGUCCGUUGCAAAGAUUGGAUGUUACCCCUUAAGAAGAAUCUUGCAAAUUUAGGCAUUUAAUGCAGUACUCACAUUGCCUUUGAGGCUGCCUCCUGAAGUCAGUGGCAAACUCUUGCUGAAACGAAUAAAGGCAUAACCAUUUACUGCCUCUCUGGCAUGCAUCUGGUUAGAACGUUGCUUAUCCAGUGUGUGAUGCAUUUUGUGCCUGGAAUUAGGGUGCAUAUUUUGAAGCAACUGCAUUUGUUUGGGCAGUGUACUACACAGUCACAAGUCCUAGAUCCUCUGGUGCAGCAAAUAUUACAUGGUGUUCAUUGGACCGACUUGCAUACUUAUAACUUUUCUGAAAUGCCUAUGUUAAAACUGUGUAUGAGACCCUCUCUUGUAAUAAGAAAUGUAACUGUUCUAUUUAAUGCAAAUAAUGCAGUAGUAAUUGAGCUUGUAACUGAUGACCAACAUUACUACUACUAAGCAUUUAAGGCAAUCUAUAUAAUAGCCACUGGAUAAUCCUCUUGUAAAUGAAGAUGAUACUUUUAACUAAAAGAACAUUCUGCAUGCAUGCUUAUAAUACUAUACUAUGCAUACUAUAAUGUUUGGCUUAAAAUUUUCUGUUUGUAACUAGCAUCAUGUGGCCAAUGAACUGUUCUUAGGAAGUUUAUAAAACUACUCAGUGAUUUGUGGCAACAAGGUGUCAUUAGAAAGUAUUGCCUGAAGGCAGUACAGUGGUACCUCGGGUAAAGUACUUAAUUCGUUCUGGAGGUCCGUUCUUAACCUGAAACUGUUCUUAACCUGAGACACCACUUUAGCUAAUGGGGCCUCCUGCUGCUGCUGCGCCGCCAGAUCAUGAUUUCUGUUCUCAUCCUGAAGCAAAGUUCUUAACCCAAGAUACUAUUUCUGGGUUAGUGGAGUCUGUAACCUGAAGCGUAUGAACCCAAGGUACCACUGUAUUUUCUUCUUUACUUUAUUCAACAAAUGGAGACAUGGAAUAGUGCCAGUAAGGGAAGGGUCUGGACAGAAUGAGGAAUGGAAAUUUAUUUCCCUUUCUUUGCAGCUUUCCUUAUAGAUCUCCACUGAGCCUGCUCCUCAAAGAUGACUCUCUAAGGGAUCAAGUGUAAAUCCCCUCAGCUGGGAAUUCACAGGUUGAAAGAGUUUGUGGCAGUGAUGCUGAUCAUUCUCAGACAUUUAUUAGUAUUAGACAUUUAUUGGCUAGAUGCAGCAUUUAAGGGAAUACCAAUGGCCAAUGUAGGAUAUGAUUGCCUGCUUUCAUUCCCAAGUGCUGUUAGGACAGUUCAUUGGCUCAGAUUAGCAUGCAGAUGCUUACCUAUAAGGCCUUAGGAGGGGAAUCAGUUGACUGCUCUCUCUGUUUUGUUAAUAAAUGAUCAGCAAAGCUGUCAUCCUGUCCCAUCCCCCACGCCCCCCAAAUAGCUUCUUUAGUCAGGCUGUGAACCACUGAUGUAGAAGUGUUGUGCCUGUUUUUACCUUCUUGCAAAUGGCUACAGUCCAUGAUAUCAGUGAUGUAGGGGUCAAACUUGCCCUCGCUUGUGACACUACUGGCAAAAGUGUCUGGGUAAGGGACCUGGUUUUUAUCUCUCUCUAUCCCCGAGUACAGUAGCUUAAUUGUCUUCUACAAAAGUGAUUGGCAUCUUAUUAAUAUAUUAAACAUGGAAGUUGAGGAGAAAAUGUGAAAGAGUAGGAUGACAACUUUAAAUUACGAUACCACAUGGGAUUGCCAGCAGUACAUGUGAAAAAGAUCUAGGGUUCUUAGUGGACCACAGGCUUAACUGGAGGCAAAAAAGUGAUAAAGCAGCACACACACAAAAAAGACCUAAUGCUAUUCUCUUGAUCUGGAGACUAUACUUCUAGAAGUAAUAAAGGUACCCCUGCCCGUACGGGCCAGUCGUGUCCGACUCUAGGGUUGUGCGCCCAUCUCGCUUAAGAGGCCGGGGGCCAGCGCUGUCCGGAGACACUUCUGGGUCACGUGGCCAGCGUGACGAAGCUGCUCUGGCGAGCCGGCACCAGCGCAGCACACGGAAACACCGUUUACCUUCCCGCUAUAAAGCGGUACCUAUUUAUCUACUUGCACUUAAGGGUGCUUUCGAACUGCUAGGUGGGCAGGAGCUGGGACCGAAAGACGGGAGCUCACCCCGCCGCGGGGAUUCGAACUGCCGACCAUGCGAUCGGCAAGCCCUAGGCACUGAGGUUUUACCCACAGCGCCACCCGCGUCCCUUCUAGAAGUAAUAGUACUGCUCUAUUCUAGCUUGGUAAGGCCACAUUUGGAGUUUUGACAAAUUAGGAUGUGUGCAGAGGAGGGUGACCAAGAUGAUAAAGGGUCUGGAAACCAAGCCUUAUGAGGAAUCGUUGAGGGAGUUGGGUUGUUUAUCCUGGAAAAGAGGAGACUGAGAGCAGAUGUGAUAGUCAUCUUCAAAUAUCUAAAGGGCUGCCACAUGGAGGAUGGAGCAAGCUUGUUUUCUCCUGCUCUGGAGGAUAGGACCCAAACCAAUGGGUUCAAAUGACAAGAAAGGGGAUUCAUACCAAACAUUAGGAAGAACUUUCUGACAGUAAUAGCUGUUCAGCACUGGAACAGACUUCCUCGGAGUUGGUAGACUCUCCUUCAUUGGAGGUUCUUAAGCAGAGAUUGGAUGGCUAUAUAUCAGGGAUGCUUUAUUUGUGAUUCCUGUGUUGCAUGGGUUGGUCUACGUGACCGUCACGGUCCCUUCCAAGUCUACAAUUCCAGGAUUCUAUUAUUUAUUCAUUCCAUACACAAAACACACCACUGUUCUUUCCUUGUGCCCUUUUCUAGUUUUCUGCCCCUUUUCAUCUGUUCCAGGUUUCAUAGCUUGAGGACAACGACGCCACUCAGCAGGGCAGCAUAGAGACUUUAUGUUCUACAUUGCCACAUUCCUUGCCCAAGUAAACCACCCCUUUUCCAAGCAUAACACUAUGUAUCUGUGCUAAUUAUGUUGGGACGGGAGACACUCUUGCAUGCUUUCUUGGGGGUAGGUAGUUGAGAGCUUUCCAUUCAAGAAAAUGAUCUUCACCUUUGAGGAAUUGAGUCUGCAGCAUUAAACUAUUUUUAACAUGAGCAAUUGAGCAGUUUGGUGCUUAGCAGUUUGCGCACUGUGCUUCCCCCACCUUUUGCUGUUUCCUUUAGAUAGCAUUGUACUGUGAUCUCCUUUGUACAGUGCUGAUUGUCAUACCUAGUUUUCUCAUCUUCUAGGCAGUGUUUACUCAUUGUGAAAACUGCUGCUUGAAGGCAAAAGCACUGCAAAAUGUAAUCACAAACAAGUACCUUGCGGAUCUCUUGGGGGAAGACAAAAGUAUUAUUGUAUGUAGUUUUAAUUUUGUGAAGUGUGUUGCGAGCUUGGUAUAUCUUAUUUCCCUGUUGCCUUGUAAAAGAUUCACCUUGUGUUUAAUAUUCAGCCAGCAUUUUUAUUGGAAGAAAAUGGAUUGUUGUUCAAACAGCCUAAAUGCCAAGCUAGUUCAAAUCUAUAAAUAAAAGCCCAGCUUUCAUGGUACGUGACCUGUCUCUUUCAUACUGAAAAGCUAAAAUGUAUGUGAUGUACCUGUAGAAACAUGUAGAGGCCAAAUGAGGGAACAGGUUGAGGGAAAACCAGAGUUUGGCACCACCAAAUUGCAUUUCCUAGUGUAAUUCCAAGCUCUUUUCAGAUAGCAGCAACAGGCUAUACUUUUUUAUAUAGAUUGAUCGUCUAGUCACAAAAAUAUGACUAAAAUGCUAUAUUUCAUGAAUUGUCAGCUUCCGCCUGCUAAAAUAGGAUGGUGAUGGAAGCAGUAGAUUUGAUAUUCUUAUGAAGGGCCCUGCGAGCUGUAGUCCUGAUGAUUUGCUGUGAAAUGAUCAGAAAGCCUAGAUGUAAUGUUUGUUGCUGCUUUUGCAUAUGACCAGUUUUGGCAAAGUGCCUUUAUCUGAACUAAGCUGCCCUACUUUGUAACAAAACUUUUGCAGGAUCAGGCAAUAAAAAUCCCUCCAAUGUAGGUAUGAAUCCAUCUUAUAAAUCUGGAUACUGACUUCAUUCUUCAUAAUAUAUUAAGCCUUUUUUAUCAUGCCCAGAUUGGUAGAUGAGAAGUGUGUAACAAUACUUUCAAACAUGUUUGCAUUUAAUACCUUUUUAUCGCAGCUCUCCGUGAUAACUACUGGUACUGGUAAACCUCUUCUCAGGUUGUAUGGUAGGAAAUGAGCAGUAAGCUAUACAGUUUUUACAGUUCAUCUUAUUUACAUUUGUGCACCUUCAGAAUGUGGCUCAGUUCUGCAUGAUAUUAACUUCUGUUUAGUGAAAAAUGUUUAUUUUGGCACUGUAUUCCAUGUUACUGCAGGAUGUGUCUUAGUAGUAUAGAAACAGUAUUAUUGAUUCAAAUCGUUUUGUUUAUUUAAACUCUCAGGUUACCAUGAGAAGUUUUAAUACUUACAUUAACACACAAAACAAACAAGCAUUAAUACCUACAAAUAUAGAUAAAGUCCUUUCAAGUUUGGUAAUAAGUAGCAUAAAGCAAAAGCAAGAUGAUUCAUUAGAACAACGUAAACCGUAUAAACAGCCAUACACCAUCACCAACUUUAUCAUUGAUAAAUGCUGAUCUUUGAUUAUUUUCAUGGGCCUAAAUAUAAUAAUUUAUAUUAUGCUAUAUUAUAUUUAUAAUUUCUGCAUUAAUGGUCUAACCUGAAUCCUACAGUAUCAGUCAAGUAGAGCUGGAACUUCUUUCUUUUUUCAAUACAUGGCAAUUGAUAUUUUAGCUGCUGUUGACAGAUUUAUUGGUUUUUUUGGCAUUCAAUGCGGCCUUCAAAAUGGUUUAGAGGCUAAGCCAUCUUAUUUGGAAUAUUGUAUAUUGUGAUUGAUUAUAAUACAGCACUAACUGUCAAAAACUUUUAAUUUUAUUUCAUCUCCAAAAUAUGUGGCAUAUAAUCUGCAUGAGGUUUUCCCAGCAGUUAUCCUCAGAGAGAUUUAUAAAUCAGGUUCAGUUUAUAUGAUGUCAGAUGCCAUUGAUGCAUGGUUUUAUAUUUCCCCCCCCUUAAGGUUGGCUGUAAUUAAUGUUUUACCUAUUUUUUUUCUCCUAGCCCUCCCCAAAUUUCUUCUUAAAUAUUCAAAUGCAGGUCUGCUAAUAAUUUCUUGUGGUAGUUCAUGGAACUUUUACUUUGCAUUCACUGAAAAUCUUAUAUAUUUUUCUAUUUAAUAGUGGUUUUCCCCUCAGAUGCAUAGAGCAAUUCCUUCACUGCUGUUGGAAUUCUUACUGAUUCUCUAUGUGUGUUUGUGUGCAACUAUUUUUAAUGCAGCAAUAGCAAGCCCUGUAAGAAAAAAAUUAUACAUCUUUGGGACAAAAUGAGACAUCACAUUACAUACGUGCUCAAGGAUACUAACCUGUUUUUCAAAUAUAUAUAUCUUCAAAAAAAAUUUAAAAAUGCUCAAGCCUCCCAAACAGAUAUGUCUCUUAAUAUUUCUCUCUGUCUGUUCAUUAUACAUAUGAUGUAAAUGUCAACAAUCCUGUAUUCAUAUGGCCUAUGAGACUGAAUUGCCACCACCAUCUCAGACUGCGCACAUGAUAUAUCCCAAUUCUGCCUUAAGAAGUCCAGUAGUCUUAAAAGAGGGACGUGGGUGGUGCUGUAGUCUAAACCACUGAGCCUCUUGGGCUUGCCAAUCGGAAGGUUGGCAGUUUGAAUUGGUGCGACGAGUUGAGCUCCUGUUGCUCUGUCCCAGCUUCUGCCAACCUAGCAGUUCAAAAGCACACCAGUACAAGUAGAUAAAUAGGUACUGCUGUGGCGGGAAGGUAAACAGUGUUGCUGUGCACUCUGGAACUUGUCACAAUCCUCCAUGCACCAGUAGCAGUUUAGUCAUGCUGGCCACAUUACCCAGAAAGCUGUCUGUGGGCAAAUCCGGCUCCCUCAGCCUGAAAGCGAGAUGAGCGCCACACCCAUAGUCACCUUUGACUGGACUUAAGCAUCCGGGGUCCUUUACCUUUACCUUUAGACCUUAGUCUUAAAAAUGGAGGUGAGGCAAUACGCAGACAGUGAAUAGGUGUCUUUCCAGAACUUGACACUAUGCUGAAUGGUUGCAAGUAGGUAACUUCUGAGAUAAAGUACUUCUGAGAUAAUGGAACAUAACCUGCCUAAUCGUGAUUGCAUAUCUGAUAUUCUUGCAAACAAGUCAAAGAUCAAAUAGAAGACUUGGGUUUUUUUUAAAAAAUAAUAAUAGCAGAAAUGAUAAAAGUUUGCAGAUUUUUUGAAGUAUUGUCAAUUAUUGUGAGAUUAAUCCGAAAACCAAAUGAAUGCUGUAUCCUGAAUUAAGCUUUGUUUCACUCAAAUGUCACCUAAAUCAUCUGCAACAGGAGGUACUGUGGGUGCAUCAGGUGAUCUUGGAGGAAGCUGGUUUUCUAGAUCCAUUACAGACAAGUUUUAGGCCCAGCUUUGGCACAGAAACUGCUUCAGUUACCCUGUAUAAUGACACCUGCCAGGAGAGAAAUGCAUCCCUGUUAACUCUCCUUAACCUCUCAGUGGUUUUAGAUACCAUCAGCCAUAGUAUCCUCCUGGAUUGGCUGUCCGAGUUAGUGAGUGGGUAGCACUGCUUUGCAGUGGUUCUGGUCCUACAUGGAUGGUCGAUUCCAGAUGAGGAUGCUUAGAGAGUGUUCUUCGCCCCUAUGGAGCCUUCAUUGUGGGGUUCCUCAGGCUUCAAUUUUUAUCCCCCAUGCUGUUUAACAUGCUGGGUGGAGUCAUCUGGAGCUUUGGACUAUGCUGUCAGCAAUAUGCUGAUGACACACAGCUCUAAUUGCAGGUGUCGCAGUGGAUGUGCUGGACUGAUGUCUUGCCUCGGUAAUAGACUGGAUGAAAGCCAAUAAACCGAAACUCAAUCCAAUAAGACCGAGGCACUGUUAGUGGGCAGUUCCUUAGACCAGAUGGAUGGGAGAUGGCUUUCUUUUGAUGGGGAGUAUAUUCUCUCUGAGAGAGCAGGUACGCAGCUUGGAGGUACUUCAGCAUCCACUGCUGUUGCUCGAGGCUCAGGUGGCCUCAGUGGCAUGGAGUGCCUUCUAUCAGCUUUGGGUGGUGGCCCAGCUGUGCCCCUAUCUGGACAAGGUUAGCAUGACUUCUGUCGCCUAUGCACUGUUAACCUCUAGGUUAUAUUCCUGCAACACAAUAUAUUUGGGGCUGCUUCUGAAGAUGGUUUGGAAAUUUCAGUGGGUGCAGAAUUCAGUGGACAGGUCACUGGGGCAAGACGGUUUGAGCAUAUUACAUUGAUCCUGGCCUGACUGCACUAGUUGCCAAUUAGUUUCCAGGCCCAAUUCAAAGUGCUGGCUUUGACCUGUAAAAUCUUAAAUGACAGAGGUAUGCAAUAUGUCAAGGACCACCUCUCCCCAUAUGAACUGACCAUCAUUUGAGGCCCUUCUUCGUGUGCUGCCAGGAGAACAGGCCUUUUCUGUGGCGUCUCCCCAUUUGUGGAAUGCUCUCCCCAGGGAGGCUCAUCUGGCAUCUUCAUUACAUAUCUUUAGGCAAUAGGCAAAAACUUUAUUCUUCUCCCAGACCUUUGUUUAAUUAGCCAAUGUAUGGUUUUUGAACUGUGGUGGGGGAUAUUGUUUUUGUUUGCUACUAUGUUAUUUAUUUUUGUGGUUUUUUUUAAAUAUUGUAAACUACUCUGAUCUUUGGAUGAAGGGCGGUGUAGAUAAUUAAUAAAUAGAAUAAAUAAACAAAAUUUGGUAAAGCUAUUUUUCCAGACUCUUAAGUUUACCCAUGCCCAUUUAGGCAACCACUGCGUAGUGUUAAAUUGAAACUCUAACUUCUUGUUAAGGCUCAAUUAGGACUUCAUCCAAACAUUAAGAUUAAAUUCUCAGUAUAUAAUUAUUCUGCAUGCCUACCUUUCCUUGCUGCUUCUGUUCCUCAUGUGUUGUCACAACAUUCUGCUAAGUAGCCACUAAGGGCUGUGUCACUUGGGCUGUGGUCUUGUGCAUACAGUACUUGCCUGAGAGUAGCCCCAUUGAACACAGUGGGAAUUAUGCUAUUAGGUUUGCAUAUUGUCCUCAGAUUCUUUGUGUGUUUGCCUCUAACAGACUAUGAUGCCCACUCCUCAGUUUUUUUUAACAUGAAAUGCAUUGCUGAAUGUUAGAUUGCAGCAUUAAUCCCUUGCUUGCUGUAUAUGUUUGUCCAUCCUUUGCUUGUAGCUUAUGUCUGUGCCUCCUUUGCUCUUCUCAGAUUAUAUGCUGACCGUAGAGGCUGUGAAACUGAAGCCAUUCUUCAUGGCAGGGCACACCUUUGAAAUGACAUGCAAGGUGUCUUCCCAGAACAUCAAGACUCCUCGUUACUCAGUCCUCAUUACAGCCGAGAAGCAUCUGAAUGAUCGGUCAACUCCUAAUGGGACCACUCGCAUAAUUUCUCUCAAUCAAGAUUCAGUGGUCAGACGGGAAGAUUGGACAGACCAGGAACGGGUGGAUGGUGUGGUCUUGGAAAAGGUUCAGGAGAACGAGUUCCGCUACAGGAUGUACCAGACACAGAUUUCUGAUGCUGGGCUGUAUCGCUGUGUGGUGACUGCAUGGUCACCAGGGGGUGGAGGCAUGUGGCGAGAGGCAGUCAAUGGUUUAUCCAACCCGAUCCAGAUAGACUUCCAGACCUCAGGUCAGUGCAAAGCUCAAAAUGUUAAUCGGUGAGAGAACAUGACAAUAGUGCCUGUCCCAGAGAUUCAUUCAGAAAAGCUGUGGUCCGUGGAUCAGAAUUUCCCCUUUAUAUUGCUGUAUUAAAUGCAUUUAAGAAAUUCAUGAAGUUCUCUUCCACAAAGAAAUCCUACAGUCAUGGUAUUGUCAAAUAAUAUUUCUGUAGUCUUCAUAGCUGGUUGAAAUCCAGGAAAUUGGGAUGGAAAUGCCAUGCUUAGGAACACAUCUUUUACUUCUCUCCAUAUGAAUUUGAUAAAAGUUACUGGGGCAUCCAAGUAUUGAUCUGUAUGUCUGCCAGUUGCCCAUUGAGCCUUUAAAAGAUGGUCACUUGAAGUCUUAAAUUUCUCUGAAGUCAGAUGUGCUUGAAUGGAGAAUCCUCUUUGGGGUAGUCAUAGAAGAUAUCAGACCCCCUUCUCUAGCUUGGUACCCUUCAGGUGUUUCUGCACCACAGCUUCCAUGAUUUCUGACCAUUGCCCCUGUUAGGCGUUCCCAACAAUAUCUGGAGGGAACAGAAGUAGCUGCGCAUUCAACUAUUUCAUAAGGUCAUUCAGAAGCAAAUAGCUAUGGACUUCCAGUACUUGCCAUUAUACUUCUCCCGGCUUCUUAACUUGGUUUGUCCCAAACUCUGGAAUUGAUCAUUCAUUUAACACCUCUGAACACCAAUGUAAGUGGAAAUUGUUCUAAAGUUAUGGCAUCUGACUGCUUCCAUAACUACUGGAGCAAUAAACAAAUCAUAAAGUUACAGUACUCCCUCCCUGGAAAGAAAGGCUUAACAAAGUUUGGCUGUAACGGAAAAAAUAACACCUAAGAGCGAGAAUUGUAGGUGAAUAUAGAAAUAAAUUUGGGGGAAACUGAUUGCCCAGUACAGUAUUACAGUAUUGACAAGGAAAUAAUUACCUCCCGCAAAAGCAAAUUCAAUCAGGUUUGAUUUUUUUAUAGAAGAAAUCUUGUAAUUUUGCAUUAAUUUGUGUUUACUUGCAGAGUAUUGUAAUAUUAAGUAAUAUUUUUGGAGCAGAGUUCUGUUGAUUACUGAUAAUUGUCAAAUGAUUAAAUAAAUAACAAAAACGGGAAGAAAAUAAAUCUGCUUUUGGGCCCAUUGCCUACUGGUUGGCACUUGUACACCUACAUAGUGCACUCUGUCCAGCUGAGAGAGUCUGAGCAUUGCUAGUCAGGACACAUGCCUCUUCUUUGUAGUGCCUCACUUGCCAGCUAGAGAGUCAGUGUUGUGUGAAAAGGAGAUAAUAUUGACAAUUUUUUCGGGGGGGGGGGACAACCAUUAUACAGUGUUGAGAUCAAGCUGUGUGUGUGAAGAGAUUUGUUCAUCAUACCUUCAAUGAACUGUUUCUGCUGGGUGGGUUAUGUUUCAUAAGGUACUGGGAAAGGAGAAAAGGCUACAGCUUUCCAAGCAAUAGCAAAAUGUCAAACAUAACUAUAACUUCCUUGCAGCAGACUUCUAGAAAGCAGCCUGCAGAUCUGGGACUGAUAGGUACCAGUAGUGGUGCAUCCUCCCAGCACCAGUGGAAAGGUGCCACUGCUGCCACCACCCCAAGAACCACCAACAAUUGUCUGUAGCUGUGGCUUAAAUCAGGAUUGCAGAAAUGAAUGUUGUGUUACAGCUUAUUCCUUCCUUUGAUACUGUGGCUGGUGUGCUAGUUCCUUUCCGAAGUGUGAAAGCACAUGGGUGGCCACACAGUGGGGUGGCACUCAACAGUGCACCAGGGUUUGCUGCAGUAGACACCAAAAGUGUGAGCCAAAAGAAUGAGCCAAAGGAGCCAUACCCAAUGGUAGCGCUUCAGUGUUUGAAGAUGCUCAGUCAUUUCCCUUCACCCUACACACAGCUCUAAUAGUAUGACAGUGUUUGGUGAAAACAAAAUGUGUGAAGUGGCUCUAACAUGUUGCCCAUGUUUUAUUUUAAAACAAGACCUUCAAUCUGAACCAUGCCCAACUCAGGCAAUACCCUGUGUAACCUUAGAAGUUAAUAAAGGGUAUAGGGACUACGGUUAAAGGAAAUCUCAAAGAUUUCCACAUAAAAGCUUUUAGUGGUUGUUGCAAUAGAUGUCUGUGUUCUUAUUGAUUUUUUGCAUGAAGCUGGGAGGACUUAUUUAGAUCGAAAGACUUUUCAACCACUGGUUUGGCUUACUGCCAGAGCUGUUUGGAGCAUCACUUUUGUCUGAAUGGUUUCAUGUUUCAAGAAAAGCUCUUCAGGAUGCGAUUGUGCAAUUUAGCUGAACUGUAGGAGGUCUCUCUGUCUCUUUUCCCCUGUGUAAAUUGGUGUCUGCACUCCAACCCAAGUUAUUUAUUUAUUUUUACCCUAGGAGCCCUGACACGCAGAUGUGCUUUAGAAAGGUUUCCAUGAACUCUCAUAGAAGAAUGUGUAUCAGAUUCUUUCCAGUGGAGAAGCAAUGUUAGUUGCAGAAAAACCAAGGGAGUCUUGAGGAUCUUAAAAGCCAAACAGAUUUAUUAUGAUAUCGGUUGCAUCUGAUGAAGUGGAUUUUAGUCCCUGAAAGGUUAUGCUCUAGUCCAUUUGUUAGUCUUCUAGUUGCCACAAAGCUUCCUUGUUUAUCCCGGGGUGUAGUAGAAUUGCCAGCUUGAGAUGGAAAGUUUCCCUACGACUCUCACUCACUGAUCAUUGUUUUUCUGUGGUGCAAUGAAUGCACGUCUUUUUAAAACACUUGUCUGAAGCAAGGACAUCUUCUAACCUGGAGCUCAUAAAUCAGGACACACAAGAUCUCUAAUCUAUAUUCUCCUUCAUUCAGUAUCAAUAGAAGGUUGUUCCCAACUGUGCAACAAAAACCUCUGUUCAAUUUACCGUAUUAAGUCUCUUAAAACAGGAACUAUCACUAAUUUGCUCAAAGCUAUUUCACAGUCUAAGAGUUCUCAUUGCUAGCAAAUGAUCCUUUAUUUUCACCAGCCGAAAAUUUUCCAUUUUCUAUUCACCCAAUCGACGUAGUCUUUUAGGUACUCUGAGUUUCCUUUUCUACCUCAUAUUUACAAUCCUGACUCACGCAACUUGGUAAGUCAGACAGUAACUUACCGGGACUGUGUGGUGUUGCGGCUGCUUUGUUCUUCCCUAGUCGUUUUUAUUCUCUCACCACUCUACACCAAGGUUUGGAUCAGUGUGUUCUCCAAACACAUGGGCUCAUGGUUCAGCUCUUUCCUCACUAAUCAUGAGCUGUAGUCAUAAUCCUAUUCUACUUCCCAUUCAGCUAAUUAUAUACACACCCCACCUCAAAUUGUGUUAAAGGCAAGAGGCACCAAAAUAUGUUCAAGGCUUGGCAUGAUGCAGACACCCCAUUUUGUCUGCAAGAUCUUGGAAACCACAGGUAAGCAGGUCUGAGCUUGGAGGAAGGUCAGAAUACAAAUUUAAUUGUUAAUAGUAUAUCUGAUCCUUCUUUAACAUAUGGUGCUGCAAUUCCUGGAGCUCGUAAUGAUGUGAGCCAGUGUGGUGGUUUUGGGCACAUUUGUACUUUUCUUUUCCCUUUCAGCAUAUCCUUCUGCCUAAGCAGAAUGAGGAAUUACUUUCAGGUUGGUAGCAAGAUCUCUCAUUUAUUAUGAUGGAUCCAUUGUUGUUUCUGGAACAUCAUGUUGGUCUUAGGACAUUCCAGGGCAUUCUUGGGCUCUUGUCAACAAGGCUGCCAAUUAUCUAAGGGGUAGGGUUGGUUUGGGGUUUUUUUUUGCUUUUGAGAGGCUCCCUUCUCCUGAAGCACAUGUCCUAAGCCGUUCAGCUGCUCAGCACUACUUUUCUGGGCUUUAGAUGUAUGAGAGCUGUAUGGUUGCAAACUGCGAAAGGAAACCUUUUGCAGGCAUGGCUGCAUAACCUGGCCAGUGAACUCUUGAGUUCCCUGAAGGCAAGAGAUAGCACAAGGCAACACUUCAGCACCAGAGGCAUAACAAAAAUACGUGAGGGCAAAACCUCAGACGCAUCUUGUCUAACUUGCUUUAUAUCUUUUAAUAAAAGAGGUUGGCUUUUCAGUAACAAAGUAGUAUGUGCUCUUUCAGGGCUCUAGGCAGUGUGAUAUCACAUUUAUUAUGUCCCCUAGCAAGAGAAGAACAACAUGUUCAAUACUAGGGUUGAGAGAACUGCACACAUAGGUCCUAUCCUGAAAUGUUGUACGGGACUUGGAUGCCCAGUUUCCAUGCUUGGUGGUGCUAUUCCAUACGCUAGCUGUUAACUAUUUUUAGCUUACUCCUGCUUAAUAUACCGGGCAGUGAGCAAUCCAGCCUCCUUGUACUUUGCUUAUGGAGCCCUGCACAGCUUCCUAAAUUGUGCCUAGACCCUUCUGCAAAUUUGUGCUUCAUCCCAGCCAGGACACAUGUGUUCAGCAGUCUCUAUACUUGUCUGCCUACAGCCCAGCACUAAUAUUCAGCAUGUGGCCAAUUAGAACUGUGUGUGAGCACGCUGUCGGUGUUUACUCUAUGGGGCAUGUACCUGGGACUUGCUUGUACAGCAUGCAAAAUGAGACCAUCAAAGUAUUUAUUUAAACAUGUAUAUCCCACCUUCCAGUUCCACUACAGAAUUCUCGGGGCAGCUCUGGCUAUAUGAAGCCACCAUGAGCCAGUCGUGAAUUUGAGGCCGCCUUUUCCCUUACAGCCGGUAUGAGUCACUGCAGUCUGUGGGGCUUGCAGUGGAAGGGGAGAGCCUGUAUAUGCCCUUCCUUGCGCCCACUGUAUUGUAAGAAAGGGCAGCUGUGCCCCUCACUAUUCAGUAAUGCUGACCCCACAAGCACUGUUAACCCUUACAAUUCCCAGGUAGGCUGAAUCAUGGUAGGCCAAAGCAGUUUCUUCCAGAGAGACAGUAUACUGUACUUCUCAGCCAAAUCCCUCUCAAUUUAUUAGGAACAAGAGGGCUGGCAUCCAAAAAAACACACACCCAAAACACCAAAUAAACCCCACCCCAUUUAUUAAUUCUUAUUUUCACAACAAUUCAUUUUGGAACUGUGUUAAAGUGCCCUCCCCUCUUUCACCUUUUCUGUGAGAGAAGACUAUAAUAAUCGGCACUUUUCACUUAAAUAAUCAUAGUAAGGCAGCUAAGGGGAAACUUGAUGUAGAUUUAGUUUGUGGAGAAAGGGGGUGGAGGUUUGCAAAAUUAUGAAUGGCACGGGGAAAGUAGAGAGAAAUAUUGUUAUUCUUCUCCUACUCUCUAGAACUUGGGUUCAUCCAAAGAAGCGGACUGGCUAGAAAUUGAGGACAGCUAAAAUUAAGGACAAUUUCACACAGUGCUUAGUGAACUCAAGGAGUUUGCUGCUGUAAGUUGUGAUGGCCACUAGCUUAGGUGGCUUUAGAAGGGAACUGGAUAAUCUCAUGAAGGAGAAUGCUGUGAGUGGCUGCUAUGCAACUCUGUGCUCAAAGCAGUGGACUUCUUGAGUCCCAGUUCCUGUGAAGAAAGGGGGGGGCUCUUGCCUUCAUCUCCUGCUAGCUGACUUUGCACUGGCAUCUGAUUGGCCACUGUCAGGACAUUGGACUAAUGGACCUUUUUGGUCUGAUCCAGCAGGGCUAUUUUUAUGUUCACACAACACAAUCCUACUUAGCCUUUUCCUUCUUUUUGAGGCGAAGCAAAAAGAGAGACUGUCGGCCUCCCUCCCCCGCACAGGCCCAGGAUAGUGCUUUAAUAAUUCUGGUAUGGCUUCUUGUCAAUUGGUGGCUGGAGAUACAAGCCACAGCUAAAACACACAACGUUUUGUUUUUGUAAUAUCUUCUGCUGUGUGGUUAGUGCUAGUCGAAGAAUGUACACAGAAAAAACAGUUAUGACUAGAGUUAUGUGAGAGAAGGGCCUAUUAAAUGACAAGAUGAUAGCAGCUUCACAAUAAUAAUGCAAGGUCUGAGGCCAGGGUAGAUGUGAGUAAUAUUUUGGAAUAGGAAGGGCUUGUGGAUGACAUCAGUUUUUCCUAUAUCUCAUACUAUGGGCAUGCUGUUAUAUGGUCUGUGUUCAAUGUAGCAUUGAAAGUCGCAUUCUUAUGAACCUAGGAUGGCCAGACAGCAACUGCGUGCUGCUACUGUCUGUUGGAUCAAGUUUUCUGUGUCUCUUUCUGUCCCAGUGGAGGAUAUAUUGUAAUAUAAUUUGCUUCUUUGGCACUAUGUUUCUGUGAAGGUCACAGUUGUUUCACUGGGAUCCUUAAUGCAUAUUUAGUUGUAUUAGAAUGUGAUCAACACAGCAGUUAUGUGUCUAUUCCUUCUUCCCACCCCAUCCUCUUUUUCAGGGUGGAUUGAUGUAAAUCUAGGCAAUUUUAAAAGGGAGGGGGAAUCCGAUUUAAAUCAGGUUUCUCACUGAAAUGUCAUACUUCAUCUCAGUAGGGGUGUGGGUGUCGCUGUGGUCUAAACCACUGAGCCUCUUGGGCUUGCCAAUUGGAAGGUUGGCAGCUUGAAUCCAUGCAGUGUGGUGAGCUCCUGAUGCUCAUCCCAGCUUCUGCCAACCUACCAGUUUGAAAGCAUAUCCGUGCAAGUAGAUAAAUAGGUACCACUGUGGCAGGAAGGUAAACGGCAUUUCUGGCACUCAUCGCGGUGUUCUGUUGUGCCAGAAGCAGUUUACUCAUGCUAUCCACAUGACCUGGAAAACUGUCUGUGGACAAACGCCAGCUCCCUUGGCCUGAAAAGCAAGAUGAGUGCCGUAACCCCAUAGUCGUCUUUGACUGAACUUAACCGUCCAAGGGUCCUUUACCUUUUCUUACCUUUUUAUCCUACCUCAAAUAAUGGUGCAUGACAGACUAGAUAGUCUAACAUUUGUUUCAGCAGAACUCCGCCCCCCACCUUUGGGGCAAAUCAUAUUUCCUAAACCCAAUGCAAGAGCUGAGAACGUCUCCGUAGGAAUCUUUUUAGAAUUGUCAACACUUCUGAUUGAAAAAUUGUUCCCAUUUUCAUAUUACUACAUUGUUCAUUUAAAAAAACAAAACAAAACCCUCCUUUGUAAAUUCAGUGCCAUUUAAAAGUAAAACAAACAUCAUUGAAUCAUAAUAUUUAAUAAAAUGACAAGCAACAGAGAAUUAAAGUGCAUUUAUCAAAUGUGUGUCUGCAAACAUACAUACAUCCUGAUUAUGAACACUUUUUGAUAAUAAGUAGCACAGAGAAGCCUUUUAAUUCUACACCCGGGUAAUACCUACACUAGAACAAGUUAAAAUGUCACAAAAUAUUUUUAUUAGUAUUUAUUGAAUUUGCAUACCAUCCUUCAGCUGAAGAUCCCAGAGUGGUUCACAACAGAACACACACACACGAAUAUAGUUCUAAUAAGAAUAUAGUUCUCUAGAAUACUUCAUCACAGCAGUUUGUUUUCAUCCUAAUAAAAUAAUGCAGCUUCCCCAGUGAUGAUAACAUGAGUGAAAACUAAAAGAUCUUCUUUGAAGGUUACUAAUUAUCAAUAUUAUCUCCUGUUUUACAUGAUGGUGUAUUCCUUAAGGUAAAACCUGCACAAUAUCUAAGUCUUUCAUAGGGAUUGUGGCUCAUGGGCCUGUUGAUUCGUAUGAUGGCCAAUUGUUAGGGUUCUCUUUUGGGAACUUGGAUGAGGAGAAGAGGUCAAUAACUAACACCUGUUAAACCAAUUGGGUUGUAUGGUAGUUCUUGGGUUAUGGUUGCCAGUGUUAUCAUGGAAAGCUCUGCUGCUAUCACUAACGUGCUGCCGGUACUGGGAACAACCUGAGACCAGGAACUGGCAUUCCAGGGUUGCCAGACAGAAAUAUGCCACCUCUGAAAAUGGCAACUCUGUCCUUUCUGUAGCAAACCAGCAGGGUUCUGGAUAUGGCAGUGGCUCUCCUACGAAUCUCCCCUACUGAGUGAGGUGGGAUUGCUCUAGCCAUGUUCCUUCUGCUUUCUGCAGUCUUCACAAAAUUGUGCCUGCUUAUGCAUAGACCAUUCUAAGUGACACUGAAUAUAUGGAAUGCCUUCCAUCAUUUUUUAACGAUUGGCAGUAAUUUCUAGGGAAGAGCUGUCAUCAGGGACAUAAAUUUGGUUUUCCUCUUAUAGGCUGAUAAGGCACUAGAAAAUGCAGUAAUUCCCUCUUAACUUGAUACAGGAUUAAUUUAAUGCAACUAUUUUUGUCUGAAGUGGAAAGCAUGUAGAACAGAUUUUUUUUUUUAUGGCACUCUUCCUAUGUAGGAAUUGCUUUAUCUGUAGAAAAAUUCAGCAGCAAGGAAGAAAAUGUGCCCAUCUUAUAUUUAUAUUUGGGAAUCAUUGGAAUGGUCUUGAUUAUGUGGGUUCACUACAUCCUCUGUGUUAUUGUAGUACUCAUAUGUAAAUAUUUAUUUAUUUAAAAAAUAUUUUUGCUAUUGUUGGGCAGCCUUCUUAUCUAAGUAAUUAGGGCAAGAGAUAAAUUCAGUCUCAUGCUGUACGAUACAAAAAUGUAAUUUAGAAGAGAAAUUUGGUACUAUGUUAAUUUUGAAGUAAUAAUUGAGGUAGUAACUGCUUCUAACAGCUGAAUUUGGUCACAGUAAAAUGUGUCUGUGAGAGUGGUUGUAUAUCAGGUUUUCCUUUUCAAAAAAGUUAUCGUAAUAAAAAUAAAUUCUCUUUGCAAUACAGAGGUUUGACUUCUAUGGCUGAUUCAGCAUAGACCAAGAAAAAAAUAACAUGGUUUGCAAGCUGCUAACAUCCUUAACAGAAACUUGCUUUGCUGUUGAAUGUGUCCCUUGAGAAUACUGGCCUAGCCUGACUGUGAGAGAAACAGCAAAUAUUGGAGUACUGGUUCACUUUGAAAGAGCAGAAAUCUCAACAAAGACUAAGGCCAUGUUGCAGGAACAUAUAUCUUUUCUCCAUCUUUCUUUUUUAGCCAGCCAGGAGCAACCCCGGAGGCUGUGAUCUUCAACACCAUGGGAGCGGGAUAUUUCUUAAUCUUUUUGUUGAUCUUCAUAAGAUUCUGUUGGAGCCUUUUUGGCCAAAGACUGGAGUAAAAAUGCUUUAAAUAAACAGAGAUAUUAACUUUUUUCUUUUUUGCUCAGCAUCUCUCUUCUCCCUCUCUCAUAACUGCUUUCUGCUCGUGGAGGUUAAGGGUAGGCUUUAAUAGGUAUAAGGUCCAAGAUGGAGAGUAAGACUUCAUGGUCAUUCCUCCUGAGCUCCCCUAGUUAGUCUCAUAUUCUGGGCAAUGGUCUUUGGUUGUUGCUGCCUUGGCUGGCAUGCUGUUUCAUUAGGUCAGCUUCCCACAGCACAUUACAAACAGUUCCGUUGGGCAAGUAAGCAGAGUGGCCGGCAGGCGAGGCCAUGCCUUUUAGUAAGCAUCAGACUUGUAUGUGGGAUGGAAAGCCAGCUGGCUUGGCCCCAGCCGGAGUGUCUCCCUUCUCAGCCUUGCCACUGCGGAGAUCCAUCAGUGUCUCCCUUCUCAGCCUUGCCACUGCGGAUAUCCAUCAGUCAUCCUCCUCUGAUGUGCGUUUGCGACUCAAGCUUCUGUGCAUGCAAGAACACACAUUACUCAGCAAAGUAAACACACAACAGAUCAGGCUUGAGGCGUGGAUACUAUACUAAACUACGCAUUUAUUACACAUAAAUCAGUACAAAGGAAAACACGGCCUCUCUCCUUGUCGUUCUUCUUGGAGAGGGAGACAACAAAAGCAGUACAGAACGGAUGUUCCGCUCACGGGACUCCAGCAAUCUGUGCCGGAAUGUAAACAGACAUGUGACAUGUAACAAUCCCACAUAUCUGCAGCAAGGGUGGAAUGGAAUUCCCAACAUGUGCAUUGUUCUACUCACAUGGUGCACACUGGCACCACCAGUUUCAGUGGGGAGAGAGCAGGUGCCGCAGAGCAGGGAGUGAGCUGCAGCAAGGUAUUUCGAGCGCAGAACUGUGUGUGUGUCUUUCACAGCCUGGCCCCUGCAGUGGAGUAUGCCAUCCUAUUGCCAGUCCUGUAUGUAUAAAGAUGAAGGGUGUUCUUGCCCUUUGUUUUAGGCAGCAAAAUUGGGGUGGACUUAGCACGUGUAAAACUUUCUGUGGCUUGAGUACAGGCAACCUGAAAGAUAAUGCAUCUGCCUGGGUGCUAAGGUCUUCGGAUGAGCGUGAGCACAUUCGCUUGGUCCCAUCAACACCCGAAGCACGGUUGGUGGUAACACAAGAGAGAGCCUGUUCUUUGGCUGCUCCCAUAUUCUGGCAUUCCCUCUGAAGAGAGGUUAGAUUGGCUUCCUCUUUGUUAACCUUCCACCGGCAGGCUAAGAGCUUCAUAUUCAGACAGGCCUUUGAAGAUUAAAGUGCAGGCGAUGCUGCACUGGAAUGCUAUCAGGAAGAACUGUAUUUUAAUGGCUGGUUUAAAAUAUGUUCCGCUGCAUUUUAAUUAUUGUUUUUAACUAGUUUGCUUUUGUUACUUGGUAUUUUAUAAUGUUUUAAAUAUUUUAAGCUGCCCUGAAAGGCAGAAUAUAAAUACAUCAAAUAAUCAUAAUAAUGUAGCAAAAAUUAUGUCCCUGGUACCAUCAAAAUAUGCACGGAAUAUCAUUGGAUUUAUAGUGCUUUUUAAAAUCCUAGUUUUAGUGGUGGCAAGCUCGAAAGCAAGUACAGCUAACAGGUAGCCUUAAGAGCUCUCCUUGUGCUCUCAUAAAUGUCAGCACUGACAACAGAAUGUGUGAAAUACUGUUGAAUUUUCAUUGAAUCAUAGAAUUGGAAGGGAACAUGAGGAUCAUCUAGUCCAACCCCCUGCAAUGCAGGGAUCUUUCACCCAACGUGGGGCUUGAACCCACUACCCUGAGAUUAAGUCUCAUACUCUACCGACUGGUGCAAAAGCUAAUUCUGAUGGUGUUGAGCACAUAAAAUGUUCUCAGGGGCUGAACACUUCUUGUUUUGCUUCAGUUUUCCUAAGUACAUUUUAGAGGCAUGAACCUUUGGCCAGAUGCAGCUUAUGAAUAUAUGUUUAUACUAGGUAAGGCUUUCUGUGUGUAAUAUAUGAGGUCACACAUGAGAAAUAUGUGUUUUUCUUCAUAGGUCCUGUUUUCAAUGUCUCUGUGGAAUCGCAUAAAACAACAGUUUAUCGAGGAGAGCUGGUGAAAUUAGAUUGCAUCAUCUCCAUUGCAGGGACAGUACUCAGUCCAGGUAUGAAUUGAACCUCUUGAAUGAUAAUGGCUUUUCCUUUUUUCCUGUUUAUUUUUGAACAUUCUCACAACUUAGGAUGCGUUAUGCUUGCAAGUAGAAGUUGGAAUUAAAUGAUCAUUUCCACAAUACCAUGGAAAAUCUUGAAGACUGGCCCCUUUUAACUUACAUAACUUGCUAGCUUCACCCUUUAUCAAACUUCUUAUAAUCUGAGUUGGACCAUCAGGUGCUUCUGUAAACUGCAGCUGUGCUUGCUUGAGUCCCACUUUCUUAGUCAUAACAGGGAGUUCUGGGUCUGAAUUUUCCAUGAAAGCAUAGAUGGAGUUGAUGCAGCCCUAGAACUCAUGGAAUUGAGGAAAGAGAUCCACACCUGCCACAAUCCUACACUUCAUUAUUCACUGUUAACUCACACCCUUUCUGUACGCUAUGAGAUGCCAGCUGUUUGCCCAGCUGUCAAGACAGAAUAAAAACUGUGGACAGAAGUUUUAUUGUGCACAACUGGAGAUGGUUCCCAGAGGACAGAUGAUUUUUGGAGCUAUCUUUCAGGCCAAUUUGUAGUGGCUGCCCAUCUAAUUUUGAACAUGGUUGCUUAUUAAUUAAUAGUUUAGCAAUGAACUAAGACUUUCUUUCAUUACCUGAGUACUGUGUCUCAGUUGAGAAUGGAACCCUAUGAUGAAUUGCAGGCCUUCAAUAACUAAUCUCAGCAAAAUAGUACACGUGAAAGUGUCCACAUAGUAAGGAAUCCUAGUUUGAUUUUGAGAUAAUAUAAAAUUUUACUUUUGUACUCAAAAUCCUGUUGUGGUGUUGUUGUUUUUUUCUCCUUUGGAAGAGUUGCAUGUUUAAUCAUCACUGAAUACCUCUUGAAAACACACUACAUCCAGCACGUUUCAGAAUAUGCUUAUUUGACUGAGCAGCCUGGUUGUUGUGGGUGUUCGGCACACAAAUCUGGGCUUAUCUAUUUUCAGUUAAGCUUUGCAGCUCACCUAUACAAAUGUAAUUCUGAUGGGUGUUUAUACUUUUUAUGCAGUAUGUUGAGGACACAUCUAGGGCAAACAAUUCAUUUUUCCUUAAUCCUUAGUAUUUGUGUUGAUGUGUUCAAAGUGCUUACAGGAAGUAUUUCAAAAACCUUGCUGAGCUGAGAGGCUAAAUGCCCUUUUGUCUGUCAGCCUGCUCCUUUCCUUAAAACUUUUUUUUUUAAAAUCAAUUUGUUCAGUAACUUAUAAGUGUUGGACCUUUAAUUUGUUAACACAAUACCAUAAGUUACUUAAUGUCCAGUGAAUGGUACUGCCAAAAGUACUCCAUUUAACUACUGGUCCAGACAAUAAAAGGCAAAAACCUACAAUCUGACAGGCAACUUUAUAUCCUUGUUGCUAAUCACUCCCACAAUAAGGAAGGGUGAAUUGGACUAUUUCUGGUCCAUAUCACUUUUGCAUGUGUUCACCCAUAAGCCCAGUACAUCCUUCUUCCUCGUUAAUAACGAAGAAUUGUGUUUGUAUACAUAUUUCUAAAUGCCUUCUCUCAAAACAUACUUUGAAAUUUUUAUGACCCGAGAACUACAGAUCCAGUUUGUAUCAGAAUUCACGAAUGUCAAAUUCUUCAAGUAUUCCUACCAAACUAUUCAUGCAAUAUUCACUUGGCACAGUGCUGCGUUAUAGAAAUAUACCACAAACGUGUCUACUGUUAUAAGUCUUCUUCAGCCUUCUGGUUUAAGGUUCCCUGAAGGAACCAGGAGUACAGCUGCCAUGUUUGGAGCUGUUUCUAUCCAGGCCAAAGGAAAGUGGUUUGUGUCUCUCAUGUCCCAUUCCCCCACUCCCUCGGGAUUGGUUCUGUCACUAGUCUGUGUGAUCACCAACCCCAUUCAGUUACAUCGGAGUAUAGAGAGUUAACAGGUACAGAUAGUUUGGCUGUGCUGGAUGGAGCCUCACCUGUAUUUUCCACCAUUCAGCAGUACAUACUUCCUGCUGUUACUUCACAACAAAAGUUGGAUUACUAGAGCCAUAACUCUACAGAUAUUUCAUUAGCACUUGGUUUCUGAUAAACAGAAUCAUUAUUAUUUUCAUUUUUGCUGUAGUAGACUUAAAGUCCUUGGUAGAGAAGAUACACCCUGAAAGCAGGAGUGAGUCGCCUGUGGCUGUUGUGAUGUUGUUGGACUCCAGCUCUCCUCACCCUCAGCCGGCAUAGCCCAUGAUGGGGGGCGGGGGAUGGAAGUUGUAGUCAAACAACAGCUGGAGGCCCACAGGUUUUUAGGUUAGCUUUUCCAUAGGUCCGUGUGCAGAGUUCAUAUUUUAUGGACAAGCAUUUGAAUAGAAGACUUUAAUAUGUUGCAACUACAACUUGUAAGCACUACUGUGGGAAUUACAAAAUCAAGGAGAAGUCUCUAUGUCCUUGCUUUCUUUUGUUAAAUACAAAUGGUCUCAACACUGAGAUUCGGCAAGGCUUAAGGAGCUCUAUUCUGUCAAGCCAAUGUACACAGUGCCAAGCAGAUAGGCUGGGAAUGGGACUCAGAAUCUUGAAGGCUGGUUGACCAAGGGAAUUGACAAAAGGUCAGAGAGUUUAGAUUUGCAUGUCAAAUCAAAACGUGCAUAUAACUGUGUGCUUUACAUGUUGAUCCACUUCAAAGUUCCUUCCAGGAAGGAAGUGUCCUAGCACUGUAAUUUGCCCCAUGUGCACAGUUUUAAGGCUUAAUUUGUCACAGUUCCAAAUGCUAUCUUUCUCUAUCCCAAAAAAUGCCACAAGAGCUUCUCCAAAGUGUGACAAAUAUUAUUCACAUCUUAGAAUAGUAACUGCCUACAGCCAUCUCUCUUUAAAGUCCAUUAGUAUAAAAAUUAAAUCCGACCAGGACUUCUGUUAGAUUCCACUGCAUCUUGCUUCUGACUGAUGUUUUUAUUCCUGCUUCUGCCACUGUUUCUGCUUUUAUUGCUGCUUCUGCAAUCCCCAGUAUUGUCCCAACUCACAAAAUAUUCACCAGAUUUACUGAAAUAUUGUCCACAUGUAUUAUAAAUUUACAAAGGUUAAUGUCAGGGCCGUGAGACAUGAAAGCAAAAUGAAACUGUGGAAAAGAUAGGUAGUAGCUUAAGACAUGCUCCUCUUCCUAGGAGUUAAGUCUCUUGGCGUGUUCUAGUGUAAUUGGAUCAAGUUAGUCAGAAAUGUGAAGUCCGGGAAUGAGAUGGAUAGAUAUGUGGGUAAUGAAUGGCUUUAGGGAUUGAAAGUAAGGUAUCUGGGACAUUCGCAUCCCUCUGGUCAGAGAUUCUGAUAACCCAUCUGGAUGAAGAUAGAUUGUUCCCAUCUGUUGGACAUCUUAAUGUUGGGUCUUGGGCAGUUUCUCGGAUUGGCUGUCCACAUGACAAACUACAAAUAUGCAAGGUUUUUUUAAUUGGCUUCCCUUCAGCUACAGCGGAUGAAUGGACUGCACAGAUGAUGCAGGUUAUCCAAUAGAAAUGAUCCUAUUAGGGUGCACAGCUUGUGAAUAAUGCUUGUUUCUGGUACCUUUUUAUCUGCAACAGAAGGCAGGAUAACAUAAUUUCCACAAGGGCAAUCAAUAAACAGCUUAUGACAAAUGGCAGCACCUAAUAACAGCAAAAAAUAUCUUAAUGUGGCAAAAACCAAGCUAGAGACUUCUAGAGUUCUCUAGGCUGCAUUUUGUAUUUCAUGUGGGCAGGGUAACUUUCAUGAGUUACAAUAUAUAGACUGGGAGCCUCCUUCUGGCUCCCAGUCUGUGUCUUAAUGCCUCUGUAAUCUUUAUGCUUUUGAUGAAGCUUUGAUUUGCAUUCCCUACUGUUCCCUGUAGACAAAAGCGUAGUUUUGCAGUCAAAUAAACCCAGGAUGUACAUAAUUGCACCCCUCCUCCAAUGAAACUUUUGUUGAUUUUGGUUUUGUAAUUUUGUAAUUUUCAUUACACUCUUCUAGAGCCUUGUACAUCUUCCAUGUUGAUAUUAUUGUAACUGGAUGCUGAUAGACUAUUUUCAACUUCUCUUCUUAGAUUGUGGUGUGAGUGUAAUUUUAAGAUGAUUUAUUUUAUUGCUAGCCACCUUGAGUAUUGCACAAAGGAACAUGGGAUAUAAAUUUAACAAAGAUAUAAAAAUGUACACGUACUUAAGCCUCAUGUGUAAAGCACCUUUCACAAGUCUAGUAAAAAUGGAUAAGCAUCAUGCUUCUUUUCAGAUGAGGCAACUGCCUUUUGGUAUCAUGAAUGUAAUCAGUUGACAUCCACUUCAUGCAAAGAUUGUCAUAAUGAACUUUGGCUUUGAGGGUACAGCCCAAGCAAUAUUGUAGCAGGCAUAGUUACGGUAAAUCUAUUCUUUGUAGUAUGUGAUGGUUCUUACACUUGCUUUCCAGCUCUCCGAAGACUAGGACUAGAAGACAGUUGCAACGAUUAAACUGCAUCCUCAGCUACCAGUCUAAUGAGGUUAAAAGUGCAGAUCUGCUAAUGGAUUUAGUAUAAUCUUGCACAUUGGAGGGAAGAAUGCAGGAUAUACUGAUGGACUCUGACUACCUGUCAUCCAGUGUUAGAGGUGGAAGUCAGUGCAAAGACACUUGAGAGAGAUUAGUCUGUUAGUGAAAUUGGAGGCCUUUGUUCCUAAUGGCACACCACGCAAAGUAGAUAGGUAGGUAGGUGAGCUGAACUGGGGCAAUGCAUACAGGGAACAAACCUUGCAAUGUCACAAAAACUUGUUUCUACUGUCUGCAAGGCAACCUGCUUAUACUCACAUUACCUCAGUUUUAGGGGAAUACUGCUGUCUGAUUUCAUUUCAUAACCCAUGAUUUGAUGUCUUGUUUUGAAGGUUGCAAUAGCUUGCCCUUCCACCUUAAACAGGUUGGAUAUUCCUAUGAGCAUUACUAUACUUUCCUAAAGCAAUGCUACAUUUUCCUCUUCUCUUCCCAUGUCCUCAUAAAGAACAGUUCAAGCAUAUCUUAAAACUACGGUAAAUGAUGCAAGAAUGAACACAUACUGGCCUGUAAUAAGCAAAACCAGAAAUCUCAGAUAGGAGCAUAUACAGCAAUCUAUCUUGUAAUCACAUAUGAAUUGGGGAUUAUGCUUUAAAACAGCCCUUUUAUAACGGGAAUAUCAGGUUCAGUUUUUGAACUAUGCAGUUUACCCAGAUGAUGGGUAAAAAGAACUUUGCAGUAAUUCAAGCUAGAGAACAGAGACUGGAAAAAGAGGACUGUGGUGAUGCCAUCAAAACCAGUUUUAGAUCAUAUCUAUGUGAUAUUGCAGUGAAUAUAGUGGAGUUAAAUGCAGUGUAGCUGGAGAUUAACAAAGGUUGAAGGGCUGUCUCAUGCAGCCCCUCUGAGUUCUUGCUUCCCCAUCAGUCUGAAGCAGAAUAUCAAUCUGAAGCAGAAUAACUGUGUAGUAUUGCCCCAAAUGUACUGCUGCAGAUGGAGCUUCUUUUGCUAAUAAUCACAUUAGCCCAGGGGUAGGCAACCUAAGGUCUGGGGGCUGGAUGCGGCCCAAUCGCCUUCUCAAUCCAGCCCAUGGACGGUCUGGGAAUCAGCGUGUUUUUACAUGAGUAGAAUGUGUGCUUUUAUUUAAAAUGCAUCUCUGGGUUAUUUGGGGGCAUAGGAAUUCGUUCUCCCCCCAAAAAACAAAUAGUCCGGCCCCCCACAUGGUCUGAGGCGCGGUGGACCUGCCCACAGCUGGAAAAGGUUGCUGACCCCUGCAUUAGCCCUUCCUUCUGCUCCUGACAAGCUUAGAGUUGAGGCUAUUGCUCAGAAGGACCCACAAAUUGGAGACCAUUCAUUCUUGGAUGCAAUUAAGGCUUUUCAGUUUAGCAAACUUGACUCUGGGAAGGGCAAGAGGAAGCUCUGUACCUACGUGGGACUGUUGUGUUUAGUGAUACCUACCCUUUACAUUGGUGUUUCCCAAUUCAGAUGACAUGUCCUUCGAUGUCUCUUGGUUUGCCAUGCACUCGAUCGCAAUGGACAGAGACCCCGUUUUCCUCGCUUCAUUAGAUCGGAAAGGGAUAGUCACCCAGGCCAAAAGAAAUGGAAGCAGUGAUGUCAGCUUGGAAAGAAUCAGCCCCAUGGAAUUCCGUCUUAGGAUUCAUGGCUGUGAAGACCAGGACUUUGGCAACCACUACUGCUUAGUAACCCCCUGGGUACGGUCAACUGCAGGGAUCUGGCAACAGGAGAUGGAGGUCAAAUCCAAGCCAAUCCUUGUAACUGUGAAAAUGGAUGGUAAGAGUGCCUCCAAUUUGUUUAUAUAUAGCAUUAUCAGUUGUCAUUGAGAAGUAAUCAACAUACUUUGUCUUUCAGCAUAGUGGCAAACAACAUAAUGCUUUCUACCACUAUUGGUUUUUAUGACUGCCCAUGAGGGUUUUCCCGUUCUUGCAUCACUGUGGUGAUCCAGGGAAAAUCAGACAAAACUGCUAGAACGCACUAAUAUGAUAGCUUGCAAUUCGAUUUCUUGUAGUAGUAGUUGCUCUGUUUUCUAUUUGUUUUAUUUAACUAGUUUGUAUAAUUAGUCUGCAGAAAUCUGCUGUUUUUCUGUUGAAUGUGAGUUGUUUGAAGCAACAUACAUUUUACUCUACAGGCAGAUGCUCAUUCCAAGCCACCAUGUUAUGCUGGCUUACAGUGUUGUUUCGAUUACUGGCCUUCAUGGUAAUUGGUUGCCUUUUAAAUAUAGAUUGAACUGGACAUUUGCUGGUGGCAAGUCUCAGUGUUUGAUUCUUUUUCUUAAAAUUUAGAAUGGAAGGUGGGAUGUUUACGUAAUCAUAGAUAACAGUAGCUGACAAAUAUUUAUUUCAGUACUCUUAACAUUUUUAAUCUUUAUAAAUUGACCUGGGACUGCAUUGACAUCCUUAUGAAUCUCUGUUACUUUCUCUGUCCAGGUCAGGUGCAAGUAACAAAUGGCAAAGGAAUACGUUUUCUAACUUGCAAGAAACAUUUACUCUCUCUGGAUUGUGCAUAACAUUUCUUCUUCUUUCUCCCUCACCCUCAGUGCUGAAUGCUUUCAAAUUCCCACUGUUGAUUGGCAUUGGCCUGUCCACAAUCAUUGGACUCUUAUCUUGUCUGAUUGGCUACUGCAGUUCCCGUUGGUGUUGCAAGAAGGAAGUUCAAGAAACCCGACGAGAGAGACGCCGACUUAUGUCUAUGGAAAUGGACUGAGCUUCAAAGUUGAGGUGGAUGCACACGAUUUUGGGAGGGAGGGGAUUUUGGAAGGCCUGAGGCUACUCAGACUUGAGUGUGUCAAGCCAAAAUGCCCUGACAACAAUUGUCUGACCUUCUCUCCUGGACAUAGAACUUCUCCUUUUACCAGUGUUACACAUUUAGAGCACAAGUAGUGUUUGUCAGCAUUGAGCUCUUCUUCAAGUGGCACUUUUUGAGGGAUAGUUCUUUCCCCCCCACAGGCAAACUGUUCCACAGUGUGCUUCCUGCAGACCUUUAGCUAAGACUCACUAUCAAGGCUUGUGUUUAAAACGUUUCCCCUUGUUGUUUAAUAGGAAGAUGGAAUUGAAAGAGCUCAGAGGCAAUAAAUGUCUUCCUUUAUAACUAGCUGAUCCCUAGAGAAGAGAGAACAGGUUCCCUUACUCCGGACAGAAUCUGGCGAGGAAAUCCUCUUGUCUGCUGUUGGUGGGAUUGGAAUUCAUCCAAAACUAAAACUUGGAUUGUAGUUUCUGAAGUCUUUUUCUUUUUUUAUAGUGCUGGUUUAGCAGCCCUGCAAAGGAAGUAGGCAGCAAUACAAACCUUUUCUUACAGUGCCCUGCCUCCCACUGUGCUUCAUAUUGUGCCCACUAUUAUCAUACUGAUAAGAGGGGCUUGAGCUUCUGUGCCCUGCAUAUUCCUAAGAGCCUCAACAUGAAGUGCCACCACUUUUUCCACUUCUGCUCACUGUGCUGGUGAUUUUUUUUUCAUAACGAACAUGUCACCUCUAGAAACUGGAUAGAGACUGCUAGAUGUUCUUAGGUGGAUCACAGGUCUACCUAACUCAAGGACCAGAAGGUCUGAAAUUGAGGCAGAAUCCUCCUUGCUCAAACAUUCCUGACUCGGGGCAAGUAGAAAAAAGUCACAGAGAGCAGUGUGCCAUGACAGAUUAAGGUGCACCAUGACAAAGACCCCUGCAGAUCAGUGAACAAGGGUCUAGAUCUGCAGCUUGUUAUUGGGGAACUUACACAAUUGGUUUUGCAGCCACCAAGUAGACUUUGGCAUUGAUCAGUGUCUGCAGUUGUAACUCAGGGUAGGGGUCAGGAGGGAGGGAGGAAUAUAGUGGAUAUACGUGGGGGAUAGUGCUCCUUUUCUGGAUUCCCUUGUGCAUGCCGCAUAGUGCAGCAUAUCCUUUGCUGACACACUAGGAUAAAUGAUCAUGAUGGGGAUCUCUGGUGCUAAAGUAGAGAGAUCUAGAUCUUGUCUUCCACAUACCUUUAUCCCUUAUCCAAGGAGCUGCCCCUGUGACUUAAGGCAUCUAAAUCUUCCAGCACAGCCAGCAUAUCUAAGCAAUAAGAAUUCAGAACAGAGGCAUUUUCCAGAAAACUUUAGGCAUUAAACAUGUGUGACUUGAGUCAAGCCUAAGACUGAAUGUCCAUUCAAAGAGCAAAUUGUCAUUCUACUCUAUUGUACUUGGAGGUGAAGUUGACCUGCAGAGUAAACUGGUUAAUACAAGUUGAAUGGCGAUUGUCCACAUACACAAGGAGGCAUGCAGGAUGUAAUGUGUGUCAACAGCAAAUUAGCACAUUCAUCUGAAGGCACAAAUGGUGUUCACAAAUCACCAGUUUCAGCCUGCAUUGACUCCAGUGUAAGAUUGUGCAUAUUGCUAGGUUUGCAAGCUUUAAUUCUGGGGUGUCCAAACUCAGAUUCCUGAAAGGUUCCUUGAGAGCUGCAGGAACCCACUGGAAAUCAGCAAACUUUAAAGUUGUAUGGAGUCAACAUGGCUAGAGUCCUCCAGAAGGCUUAGUAAAUAUGAGAGUUCUGGUUGGCUGACCAUGGUAAUCUGCCCCUUUGGGGCCUUCUCUGUGGCAAACCAUUUUUGCACUUGACAUUUAGAACAUUGCCCCAGGUGGCUUAUAUUUAAUCCGACAUCCCACCCAUCUAGACAAAUCCUAUGUCUUAAUCUUUCAUAUUGCAAGCUAAUGUUUUAGUUGCAUUCUCCAUAUUGUAAGACUUGUUUCUUUCUUUUUUAAAGUGGAGCAGAAGCAGUUGUCUAAAGCACAAAUUAUCCUUCCAUGCAUAUUGUGUCUUGAGUCUUUCUGUUCUCACAUUUUGAGGGAUAAACAAAAACAUUUAAAUGCAAUAAUUAUGAAAUGGCUUAGCCCAGGAAAGUUUAAUUUUCUUUGAACACUUAUUGCACACUUUGCCUCUCCAUGGAAAGAAACUCAGGGUUAUUUUGGUUCAGGGAUUCCCUGCCUUUCAUAGCAAGGUUCUCUCAAGUUGUUGCCCAAGCUUCUUAGACCAGAGGGUGGGGAGCUAUUUUUCUUCUAAACAAAUCUGGCUGAUAGGUUCAACUGCUCCUUUUGAUUUGGGAUUAUGCUUUCUCCCUUGUACUUAAGUAUACCUUGAAGUAGUACCACUCCAGAGUCUCCUUCCAAUUGUGCCAAUUUUAUAUUGUUCCUCUUUUUAAAAAGUAGCUCUUCUGUCUCUCCAGAAAAUAUUUGUUGCUUCUGUUUUGUGUUAACUCUCUCUGGUAUCUCUGUGGAGAAGAAGUUGCAUGGGAUUCAGUUAGGUGUUCAACAGUAUUUGUCAGAGUUGCAGUCAUGGAAUCAACAGUCAAACAUUCUAAGGGCUCCUGUCAAUCCUGAUUUGUCUCUUUCCAUGCUUCUAGCUCACAGUUGGGAAUUCAGGACAUUUGGAACACGAAUUGGGUAACAUUUCAAAAGCAUCUUUCUUAAAGGACAGGAAAUCUUUUUGGUUGAUUUUGAAGAAAGGUUUUAGGCACAGCUCUGGAAGCUUUUAAAGAAAUGUGUUCAGCAUGGCUUUGGAAGAUAUGAGUUGAACAGUUAAACAAUGCUGUGUAAUGUGUUUUUUACAUUGAAAAUAAAUUGUCUUUUUAUAAAA